AUGCAGUUUGAUGCGGUCUGUAUCAUCAUGGUCUCCUGACUAUGUCCUGAUAUAGUUUGAACAGGACAUGACCUGUAACCUCUGACUUCUAACCUUUGAUUUCCUGCCCGGUCAGGCAGGUAUUGAGUAAUGAUGACUCCAGUGGAAAGCUGUCCCAGUGCGGACAUUACAAACUGGAAAAAUAAAUGAAAUGGUAUAAAUAAAAGGAACAGGCGUCGUUGAUGGCGAUCAAAAUAUUCAUAUCCGAUCAGUCAUGUGUACAAUGAUUCAUCAGGUCACGAGGUCAUGAAAAACUCCUGGCCCUAAUUAUGGUGUAUUCUUCCAACAUAACCAAACCAUAUUAUCAUAUGAGAAUGUAUUCAACAUUCUUAGAAUCAUAAUAAAGGUUCCAGAAUCCUCACUGCUCUUUGUUUUAGUUUUUUGUUUCUACACUUAAUCUAACAGGGAAACCAGAUCGGCCAGCAUAUGCGUUGCCGAACGCUAAAAUAGAACUUUGUUCUAUUUGAGAUGCUCUACGCAAGGGAUCACCAACUAGAUUCAGCCACGGGCCGAUUUUUUUUAUUGAGCGGAUGGUCAGGGUGCCGGAACAUAAUUAGAAAUAAUUUGUAGACUGCAAAUUGACCCCAAGAAGCCCAACAGAUAAUAUUUGACUAAAACAUAAUCAUUUCAAACCUUGCUUACAUUUGUAUACGAUCACAUAUAUCUCUCUAUUAUGCAUGAUACAACAUAAAUGUUGUAUGACUCCGGGUCAAAAUUCUACAAAUAUCCAGCAAAAAAAGGACCAUAUACAUUUAACACUAGAAACGCAGAGAGCGUGAUGUGGACACAAAACAAAUGUAAAUGUGUAAUUUUUUAACUCAUGUCCCCUCCGUCCUUGACUUUUCCCAAAUAAGUCUAUACAACACACUGUCGUUGUUAGAAUCUUAAUAUCACAAACAGAAUUUGUGUUAUAAGCAGUUUUAAGAAGACAUGUCAUCAGCUGAUGGCCCAUCGAAACUACACCUAAACUACACUGAACAAAAGUAUAAACGCAAUAUGUAAAGUGUUGGUCCAAUGUUUUAUGAGCUGAAAUAAAAGAUUCCAGAUUCCAUACGCACAAAAAGCUUAUUUCUCUCAAAUGUUUUGCACAAAUUUGUUUACGUCCCUUUUAAAGACGCUGAAUGGUCAAUUCGACGUCUACAUUGGCCUUGCAGCGUUUACGGUGAUAUGGCCUCUGCAGAAGUCAGGGCAUUCAUACUUCUUGCUCUUCGCCGAGCAGCGCAGAGCUGUGGUGAAGCAAGUUGUCAAGGAAGUGAGUUUGUGUUUAUACAGGACCUCCCACCCUCACCUACCAUCAACUAAUCAUGUCAAUGUGAAGCUAUACGGAGCCCGCUGCAUUGUUCUGAGCUCAAUUUGGCCUCUGCGUGCAUCCGGAGGCUUCGCAAUUGCAUCACACCAAAUUGGCUCUUAGUGAGCAUAUCUCCUUUGCCAAGAUAAUCCAUCCACCUGACAGGUGUGGCAUAUCAAGAAGCUGAUUAAAAUGCAUGAUCAUUACACAGGUGCACCUUGUGCUGGGGACAAUAAAAGGCCAUUCUAAAAUGUGCAGUUUUGUCACACAACACAAUGCCACAGAUGUCUCAAAUUUUGAGGGAGCGUGCAAUUGACAUGCUGAGUGCAGGAAUGUCCACCUGAGCUGUUGCCAGACAAUUGAAUGUUCAUUUUCUGACCAUAAGCAUCGUUUUAGAGAAUUUGGCAGUAUGUCCAACUGGCCUCACAACCGAAGAACACGUAUAUGGCGUUGUGUGGGCGAGCGGUUUGCUGAUGUCAACGUUGUGAACAGAGUGCCCAAUGGUAGCGGUGGCAUUAUGGUAUGGGCAGGCAUAAGCUAGGGACAAUGAACACAAUUGCAUUUUAUCGAUGGCAAUUUGAAUGCACAGAGAUACAGUGACGAGAUCCUGAGGCCCAUUGUCAUGCCAUUCAUCCGCUGCCAUCACCUCAUGUUUCAGCAUGAUAAUGCACAGCCCCAUGUCGCAAGGAUCUAUACAAAAUGUCCCAGUUCUUCCAUGGCCUGCAUACUGACCAGACAUGUUACCCAUUGAGCAUGUUUGGGAUGCUCUGGAUCGACGUAUACGACAGUGUGUUCCAGUUCAGGCCAAUAUCCAGCAACUUCGCACAGCCAUUGAAGAGGAGUGGGACAACAUUCCACAGGCCACAAUCAACAGCCUGAUAAACUCUAUGCGAAGGAGAUGUGUCACGCUGCAUGAGAAAAAUGGUUUGUCACACCAGAUACUGACUGGUUUUCUGAUCCACGCCCCUACUUUUUUUUGUGUUGGUAUCUGUGACCAACAGAUCUGUAUUCCCAGUCAUGUGAAAUCCAUAGAUUAUGGCCUAAUGAAUGUAUUUAAAUUGACUGAUUUCCUUAUAUGAACUGUAACACAGUAAAAUCUUUGAAAUUGUUGCAUGCUGCGUUUAUAUUUUUGUUCAGUAUAUAUCGAAACUAAUUUCACACGUAUAAUAAUAGAGUUAGCCUAAAGAAAUUGACAUUAGUCUGAUGGGUGACAAUAUUAUGAAUUGUCAAAUUGUACAUGAAGAGAUGGGCGCAGCUUGGAAUUGACACCGGGGCAGAGAAACUUACUAAGCAUACUGCUAAAGCAACACUUGAGUGGUUUAAGGGGAAAUAUUUAAAUAUCUUGGAAUGGCCUACUCAAAGCCCAGACCUCAAUCCAAUUGAGAAUCUGUGGUAUGACUUAAAGAUUGCUGUACACCAGCGGAACCCAUCCAACUUGAAGGAGAUGGAGCAGUUUUGCCUUGAAGAAUGGGCAAAGAUCCCAGUGGCUAGAUGUGCCAAGCUUAUAGAGACAUACCCCAAGAGACUUGCAGCUGUAAUUGCUGCAAAAGGUGGCUUUACAAAAGGUGGCUUUACAAAAACGUAUUUCUUGUUUGUUUCACAAUAAAACAUAUUUUGCAUCUUCAAAGUGGUAGGCAUGUUGUGUAAAUCAAAUGAUACAAACCCCCCCAAAAUCAAUUUUAAUUCCAGGCAACAAAAUAGGAAAAAUGCCAAGGGGGGUGAAUGCUUUCGCAAGCCACUGUGUAAGCUGGAAGUAGAGGCCUAAUCGUUGUUGUUCACUAGUUUACUCCAAUUAGGGGAGGGGUGAUGGGGUUGGAAUGUAAUAAAGGGAAAUAUAUAUUUUUUAAAGGAUACAUAUAUAUAUGUAUGUACUGUAUAUCCCAUGGGGGGCCAGUAUAAAAAAAAAGAUGCAUUCACUAACUGUAAGUCGCUCUGGAUAAGAGCGUCUGCUAAAUGACUAAAAUGUAAAUGUAUAUGUAUAUAUAUAUGUAUGUGUUUGUGUAUGUGUAUGUAUAUACACUACCGUUCAAAAGUUUGGGAUCACUUAGAAAUGUCCUUGUUUUCCAUGAAAACAUACAUGACAUUAGUAUGAAUAGGAAAUAUAGCAAAAUGAAUAGGAAAUGUAGUCAUUGACAAAGUUAGAAAUAAUGAUUGUGUCCUUCAAACUUUGCUUUCGUCAAAGAAUCCUCCAUUUGCAGCAAUUACAGCCUUGCAGACCUUUGGCAUUCUAGUUGUCAAUUUGUUGAGGUAAUCUGAAGAGAUUUCACCCCAUGCUUCCUGAAGCACCUCCCACAAGUUGGAUUGGCUUGAUGGGCACUUCUUACGUACCAUACGGUCAAGCUGCUCCCACAGCAGCUCAAUAGGGUUGAGAUCCGGUGCUGGCCACUCCAUUAUAGACAGAAUACCAGCUGACUGCUUCUUCCCUAAAUAGUUAUUGCAUAGUUUGGAGCUGUGCUUUGGGUCCUUGUCCUGUUGUAGGAGGAAAUUGGCUCCAAUCAAGUGCCGUCCACAGGGUAUGGCAUGGCGUUGCCAAAUGGAAUGAUAGCCUUCCUUCUUCAAGAUCCCUUUUACCCUGUACAAAUCUCCCACUUUACCACCACCAAAGCACCCCCAGACCAUCACAUUGCCUCCACCAUGCUUGACAGAUGGCAUCAAGCACUUGUCCAAUAUCUUUUCAUUUGGUCUGCAUCUCACAAAUGUUCUUCUUUGUGAUCCGAACACCUCAAUCUUCGAUUUGUCUGUCCAUAACACUUUUUUCCAAUCUUCCUCUGUCCAGUGUCUGUGUUCUUUUGCCCAUCUUAAUCUUUUAUUUUUAUUGGCCAGUUUUCUUUGCAACUCUGCCUAGAAGGUCAGCAUCCCGGAGUCGCCUCUUCACUGUUGACGUUGAGACUGGUGUUCUGCGUGUACUAUUUAAUGAAGCUGCCAGUUGAGGACCUGUGAGGCGUCUGUUUCUCAAACUAGACACUCCAAUGUAUUUGUCCUCUUGCUCAGUUGUGCACUGAGGCCUCCCACUCCUCUUUCUAUUCUGGUUAGAGCCAGUUUGCGCUGUUCUGUGAAGGGAGUAGUACACAGCAUUGUACGAGAUCUUCAGUUUCUUGGCAAUUUCUCGCAUGGAAUAGCCUUCAUUUCUCAGAACAAGAAUAGACUGACGAGUUUCAGAAGAAAGUUUGUUUCUGCCCAUUUUGAUUCUGUAAUCGAACCCACAAUUGCUGAUGCUCCAGAUACUCAACUAGACUCAAGAAGGCUAGUUUUAUUGCUUAUUUAAUCAGCACAACAGUUUUCAGCUGUGCUAACAUAAUUGCAAAAGGGUUUUCUAAUGAUCAAUUAGCCUUUUAAAAUGAUAAACGGAUUUGCAAACACAACGUGCCAUUGGAACACAGGACUGAUGGUUGCUGAUAAUGGGCCUCUGUACGCCUAUGUAGAUAUUCCAUUAAAAAUCAGCAGUUUCCAGCUACAAUAGCCAUUUACAACAUUAACAAUGUCCACACUGUAUUUUCUGAUCAAUUCGAUGUUAUUUUAAUGGACAGAAAAUUGCUUUUCUUUUCGAAAACAAGGACAUUUCUAAGUGACCCCAAACUUUUGAACGGUAGUGUAUAUUUGUGGGAGGAAAAAACAUAUGGGGAAUUGGAAGUGAUGCAGACAAUUACAUUGAUGGAAGUUACAAUCUAUCUGCAAUAUUAAAGCUGAUCUACACUUAAAGAAAAGAAAAAAAGGAGAGUAAUGGAGUGCUGCAUCAGAUGACCUGGCCUCCACAAUCCCCCGACCUCAACCCAAUUGAGAUGGUUUGGGAUGAGUCGGACGGCAGAGUGAAGGAAAAGCAGCCAACAUGUGCUCAGCAUAUGUGGGAACUCCUUCAAGACUGUUGGAAAAGCAUUCCAUGUGAAGCUGAUUAAGAGAAUGCCAAGAGUGUGCAAAGCUGUCAUCAAGGCAAAGGGUAGCUACUUUGAAGAAUCAAUGUAGAACAUUUUUUAAAAAUAAAGAAAAACCCUUGAAUUAGGUGUGUCCAAACGUUUGACUGGUACUGUAUAUUCAACAUUGAAUUAAGAACAAAUAAUUUUUAUUUUCACAGUGAGAUGCAGCACAUUGACAAUUUCAAAUCGCUCUGAAAAAAAAAAAGUGGCCUUCUAAUUAGCCUUGUUACCUAAUGAAAGCCUAUAGCCAAUAAAACAAAACGAGACCUUUACAUUCAAUAUUGUUUAGAUAAUCAAAUAGUUUAAUUUAAACUUAAAUAAACAAUUCCCAGAAUCUAAUAUAGGCUGCAAAAAUAAAUGUAUUUAGUAGGCUAUAGCCUACUCAAACCUUUACCAGCCGCACCGGUUUAAACUUGAUAUGGCCUGCGUAUUGUCUAAAUGAACGAAAGCCUGAAUUAACGGAAUAAUUAGCUAAUAACAAACUGAAUUAGCCUAUUGUAAACAAAUACCUGCUUGCACUUUUUUGUAGGCUGUGUAUCCAUCUACCAGGUUGUUGUCCUUGUCCACAAUGACUCCAAAAUCCUUCCAAACCAAACCGGGGAUUUAACUCGCGCAGCACCUGUUUCCAUUAUGGUGUAUUUUAUAACCCUUUUUUCCCCCCUCCGGUCAGGCCUAGGCCUACGUUAGCAAUUGUUGCAGGUAGGGUGAGGGGUCAUCAAAGUGGACCACCAGAGAUGGGGUUCAUCCCAGCACCAUGUCUGUUUUUUACUUACCAUGUUAUCACCGUAAUCCACCAUCAAAGAAAACACCUCUUACUCCCUAUUUUUUCUCUUUCUUCUUUCUUACUCCCUCUUUUUUCUCUCUGUCUCUCUCUCUCCUCUUACUCCCUCUUUUUUUUCUUGUUUCUGGCUUUCAUUUGUUAUUCUAUACCUCUUUAACUCUCUCCAUCCUGUGCCCAUUCCAAUAAUAUGAGGUUGUUUACAAGGUUCUAGCUUCCUGGUAAUCACCCAGGAAUGGAAUUGUAACCAUGUAGGAAUGGAUUCCAUCUGAACACUUAAAUCUGUCCUUCUCUCUUCCCCCUUACCAUGUUCAUACCAUUCCAUCCAUUUCCUUACCAUGUCAAGGGAUUAUGCUAAGUACAGCUACAGUAUAUUACAUAAUAUUCGACUAAAUUACUUCAUAUGGAUACACUGUACCUUGGACUGUUUUUUGAGUGUAUAAAGGAUUCUAGAACAGCAUUAGUUACUCUAAUGUUCUAGAGCAGCAGCUGAUACUGAUUCCAGAACAUCAAUAGAUAAUGCAGGAGUAUAGGCUAAGGUUCUACACCAGCUUUCGGAUAUUAGGACAGCAUCUUCCUAGUCUGGGUCUGUUUCUUCCCGUCGCUUUCUUGUCCCUUGCCAACUCCUAAUGGAAUUGUCAUGUUUGUUGUGACAAUGACAGCAAUGGGGUUUGGCAAGAGCAUAAAGGGUUUGGCAAGAGCAGGCAGCAUGGCUAGCAUCUUCCCAAAGCAAUGGUACAUUCAAAGUCUGUUUUCUGCGACCUGCAGUUCUGCUACUUUUGACCAGGGCCUAUAGGGAAUAGGGUGUCAUUUGGGAUGCACUCUAAGUUUGUUUCCCACAAGCCUUGUGGGUCCAGUGUUAAACCAGAGGGAAAGGGCCUCAAACAGUGUGCUUCGGUUGUGAACUCUCUGCUUCUAUUGUCCAGACGUAGAAUGGCCUGACUUUGGCCCCCCAGACAUAGCCUUGAGCAGUCUAAAUAAAGUUUGUCUUCUGGCUACAACAAAACAAAACAAAAUAGAGAGAAAACAGAUGGAUGGUUCUUUUUCUGUAAGAAAUGUGUGAGUGUGAGCGUGCACGUGCAUGCCUGUGUGUAUUCGUCUGACAUAUUCAACUCUCAGAGAAAACUCAAAUUACCCCCUGCUGAGGACAAGGCAAUUUCCUUAUCAUCAUUCCUAUCAAGCUACAGUAGAAUUAUAAUGAAGUUGUUGGGAAAAUAUGUUUUUAAGCUCUUGGUAGGCCUAACCUCUGGCUAUGUAUGCAUCCCAAAUGGCACUAUAUUCCUAUAGUGCAUUUUUGACCACAGCCCAAUGGGCUUUGGUCAAAAGUAGGAAACUAUGUAGGGUAUAGGGUGCCAUUUGGGACGAACCCUAUAGAGUAGAUCCUAGUCAAACAUGAUUUGAUGGUUGGUUGAUAGUUGAGAUAGUCCUUCCGUGAUCCUUGGGACGUCCCUACCCCAUGGAAGAUUGAAUGUAAAAAGGUUAGGGUUAGGUAAGGGUUAUGGUUAAGGUUAAGGUUAGGGUAGGGGUUAAGGUUAGGAUUAGGGUUAAGGGUAAGGACAUCCCAAGGAUAGCACUAACCUCGUGGAGAUGGGUUGAAGCCAGCGAUAAUGAUUUCCGUAAAAAUAGCCACCUUUAUGGUUUACUGUUCAUUUCAUACUUAGCUACAGUAAAUUGUAUGGUUUGAGGCAAACCAUUAAAAAGAAAACAUUUUAAUUCAAAUGUUAAGUGGUUUUGGGUCUUGAUUGUGGAAAUGUUUUGUCUUACUGAGCAAUGUUUUCUACGAUUGCCUUUUCAUGUUUAACUCAUCUCUUUUCCUCUCUUUCUCUCUCUUCUUUCCCGUCUCUCCCGCUCAUCUCCCCCAUGCCCUUUUCUCUCUCUACCCUCCCUCCUCUAGGAGUACCUUGGAAAUGAUAUCAAGUAAUUCAGUUCUUAGCUGGGAUUGGUACUAUAUAUGUAAUUCCUCCAAGUAAUAGCACAUUAACCAUUCUCUUCUCCCCCCCCCCCCCCCCCCCCCCCCAACAGGGGGACCAUACGUGGGCGACCAUGCUGGGUCAGAGUGUGCGUCUACAGCCGGUGCCUAUCCAGAGCCUAUCUGAACUGGAGAGAGCAAGGCUGCAGGAGGUGGCCUGCUACCAUCUGGAGGAGAGGGACCUUGACUUCAACAUCAGCAUCCCCAGAGGUACACAAGUGAAGGGCUAGUUGCUAUAUCGCCAUGCCAGAAAGGACGAUAGAGAUAUGUGUACAGUGCUGGCCUCUGUCUAGAAUGUAAAGCUCUUCAAAUCUCAAUUGGGGUUUGAAUCUGGAGGAGAGGGACCUAAAAUUCAACAUCAGCAUCCCCAGAGAUACAGAGGAAAGGGUAGUAGUUACUAAAUGGCCAUGCUAGAAAAAAUGGACGGAAAUAUAUAGGCUCUCUUCUUGGGGAUUUUAUUUUCUUAAACAUGAAUCUUUUUAUAAAAUUCCUGAAGUUUUGCUCGUCCUGGUCUAGAUUGUAGAGCUCUUCACUAUACAGUACAUGGCAGUGAACAAGAUGAUAAUGAUAGGGACAUGAUAUCUGACAUAGAAGCUCACUACCUGUUUUCUGCUCAUUCCACCACCACUCUCAGACUGUAUUACCUCAAUAAAUCUGAGUGAAGUUUACAGUACCAGUAAAUGGUAAGUCCUUCAAACAGCUCAGAUACAGCCUUACAACUUAAGAUGGAAGAGUAGGAGUAAGAGGAGUAGGAGUCAGAAGAUUAGAUACAAAAUUAAGAUAAAAGUUUAAGUUAAAAAGCAAGUAAGUAAGUAAGUAGGAGUAAGAAGGGUAAGAUGAGUAGGAGUAAGAAGAGUACUGUAGGAGUAAGAAGAGUAGGAGUGAGAAGUGUACUGUAGGAGUAAGAAGAGUACUAUAGGAGUAAGAAGAGUACUGUAGGAGUAAGAAGAGUAGGAGUAAGAAGAGUACUAUAGGAGUAAGAAGUGUAUUGUAGGAGUAAGAAGAGUACUAUAGGAGUAAGAAAUGUACUGUAGGAGUAAGAAGAGUACUAUAGGAGUAAGAAGAGUACUAUAGGAGUAAGAAGAGUACUAUAGGAGUAAGAAGAGUACUAUAGGAGUAAGAAGAGUACUGUAGGAGUAAGAAGAGUACUAUAGGAGUAAGAAGAGUACUAUAGGAGUAAGAAGAGUACUGUAGGAGUAAGAAGAGUACCAUAGGAGUAAGAAGUGUAUUGUAGGAGUAAGAAGUGUACUAUAGGAGUAAGAAGAGUACUGUAGGAGUAAGAAGAGUAGGAGUAAGAAGAGUACCAUAGGAGUAAGAAGUGUACUGUAGGAGUAAGAAGAGUACCAUAGGAGUAAGAAGUGUACUGUAGGAGUAAGAAGAAUACUGUAGGAGUAAGAAGAGUACUAUAGGAGUAAGAAGAGUACUGUAGGAGUAAGAAGAGUACCAUAGGAGUAAGAAGAGUACUGUAGGAGUAAGAAGAGUACUAUAAGAGUAAGAAGAGUACUGUAGGAGUAAGAAGAGUACUGUAGGAGUAAGAAGAGUACUAUAGGAGUAAGAAGAGUAUGAGUAAAAAGAGUACUAUAGGAGUAAGAAGAGUACUGUAGGAGUAAGAAGAGUACUGUAGUAAGAAGAGUAGGAGUAAGAAGCUUCUGAUCCUGAGGUGUCUUAGCGUGCUACAUUCCUCUUUCGUGUCACCCUGGGUUACGUAAGAGGCAUUAGUCUGAUCUCAGUGCUUCUCCAUGUAGUCUACGCAGAGACGGAAGAGGAAGUGAGACACCCCACUCGCUGUUUUUUUCUGGUUCAAUAAAAGUAAAUGAACUAAGUAGACCAGACCCAGCUGCUAUUGCAUUGGUGUCUAUGGGAGACCCACCCCGUUAAGUAGACCGGAACUGACAAAUAUUUUCCAUGGUAAACGGCCUGAGUGAACUCUCUUCAUUUAUCCACCAUAUUUGGUCUAUGUUCAUACCGUUAACCUCUCAACGUUUUCAACCUUUGACCCCUGACCACUCUCUAAUCAGUGCUGUGUAGUUUACGCUGCCUAAGCUAAGCCGACUGUCAAGUCCAUUGGUCAAAAUAAGAGAAUGACAUUUAAACAUUAUAAAACAUAUAUUUUCAUUGAUUUAUUGUGUGAUUAUAUAUUUUUCUACCCUGAACUAAAAUAGAAGAAGUAAUAGUGUUGAGUCUACCCACAAAUUAAACGUAUUGGAAAGUGCAACAUUAUGCUCACAAAGACCUUAAUCAAGACCGACUGUAUUUUAUCUAGCUCAUCCAUUCGCUUUGCCUCCAUUGUGGACUUUUUUAUCCUGAAGUAAAACAGGAGAAUGGACUCCCACACGCUGUGUAAAUGUACAAAUUAAACAUGUAUUCGAAAGUGUAACGUUUCACUCACAGUUGUUAGGAAUGGAUGUCGGUUAGAAUAGAAUAGAAUACAGAUGUGGGAUCUUAAUUUGACCACUAUUUUGUUGCUGAAAUUUUCCUGCACCGCAGGACCUUAAAAAAUAAUAAUAUAAUAAUAUGCCAUUUAGCAGACGCUUUUAUCCAAAGCGACUUACAGUCAUGCGUGCAUACAUUUUUGUGUAUGGGUGGUCCCGGGGAUCGAACCCACUACCUUGGCGUUACAAGCGCCGUGCUCUACCAGCUGAGCUACAGAGGACCACAUAACCAUUAGUGGGGAAAAUACCAAACUGACCCAGGAUAAAUGUCUAGGGGCAACUUCACCCUACUCCUGGGCCCCUCAGUAAGCCAUAGUUGCUGUCACACAGUUGCUAUACAACCAUACUGUACAUCAUCCAGCAUUCAAAUGUGUUACAGUUACAGCAUGUAACCAGUCAUGGAUGAAUCAAAGAAAAUCUGUCAAUCAUUUAAAAUCAGUUUUCACCUAAUCUGUUCCAAUACAUUCUAAUUCAAUGCCAAUAAUUAAUUCCUUACAGAAUCCUUGAAUCUAAUAUUGUCAAAGUCAUUGGACAACUCUAUAUUAUCAAGACUAAAAUAUAUAUAUAUAUAUUUACUGCAUUUCAUUCUCUGUUGAGCUGCAGAAUACGUAAAUAGAAAACAGUUAAAUCAGUCAGUCAGUGUUAGAUAACUCUAUAGCAGCAUAUAUACUGUAUAAAUAAAUAAAAUACAUACAAAUAUAAAACGGAGGGGGUCAGUGUAUAUAACUGUCAUAGGGAGGGGGUCAGUCAGAGCCAGUAAUGUGUGGGAAUAUUCCUGUCCCUCUCCCUGGGGUGGAGACCUCAUACAGAGUCAGCCAGCCACCUCCCAUGUGUAUUACUGCUGUGUCUUUGUCCCAAAUGACACCCUAUUUGUUUUAUAGUGCACUACUUUUGACCAAAGUCCAUAGGGCUCUUGUCAAAAGUAAUGUACUAUAUAGGGAGUAGGCUGCCAUUUUGGAUGCAUCCUCCACUAGUUAGCCACCCAACUCCCCUGGUGCAUCAGGCCCACUACCGUGUCAGUGAUGGCUCAUGUACGGUAUAUUAUGGGAGCUAGCUGCUUGAGGGACGGAGGGAGGUUGCCAUAGGUUUCUGUUCUGAUCCCGCUGUUUGGGCCAAUACCAGAACCUCUGGUUUAUUUUUAUAGUGUGUGUGCAUGCGUGUAUGUUUGUUGUUGGUUUCCUGGCAACGCCUUGGCUAUGCUUGAUGGAUGGAUUCUUUCUGAAAUAUCUGUUCUUAGCAGUCAGAGCUUAUUUGGCAAGUCUGGAGACUUUGUUUUUGAACGUCAAAUUUUCUCAUGGAUAUGGGUAGCAACCCCACAGGGUCUGUCAUUAUUUUCUUACUUCCUUUCUUUCUCUUGCGUGUUAUUUCUGUCAUUCUGUUUGUUUCUCUCUCAGACCCAAUUGUCUUUUCUUUCUGAUUCCAUAUGUUCCUUUAGUCCCUUUCUUUCUUUCUCUCUUUGCUUUACCCACAUCUAUCUCUCUCCACUGUGUGUGUGUCAGUCCUCUAAUCUUAAAGUGUGCAAGCCAAGGGCAAACACACACACACAUACACACUGAGUACAUGGCAUGUAGGAAUACACACACACACACAAAGUGUUUGCUCAAAGAUUAACCCUUGCUCUGGCAUGUGGCGAGUGGGAGGAGACGAUUGCCGUGGAAAUAAAUGUUAAUUUCCUGUAGUCAUGGGAAUUUGACCCCUUUUAAACCCUUGACACACACACGCACACUCAUACACACAAACAAACCUCUCCACAUGGGGAUUUGACUGCUCAGGUCAUUUACAUUUCAGGGCCUUCCACACUCUUAUCCUGUCAGCCCUUAAGAAUUAAGUUGUGCCUAGACACUGGUGUAGGGUCAGUUCUGUGGUUUUCCCAUUAGUGGUGAGGGCUAGGAUUCUGUGAGGUUAAGCUGAUCCUAGAUCUGUGCCCAGGCCCCAUCAUACAUUCUGGUCUUGGAAGUUCAAAGAUUCUGCAACAAACCAGUUCUAAACAGCAAAGGCGUGCUACCUAACACAUACACACACAGACUGUACACACGACUGUGAUCUUUAAAGCCCCAAACCCAAAACAAAACAGUGAUGUCUUCCAGAUAAAGCUUGUCAGAGGAUAUUUAGGUUGUAAAAUCACAUCCUUGAUCUGCAUGUAGUUUCUCUGGUGUUGCCCUCUGGCUAAAGGCUACAAAGGCAGUACAGGAGGCUGGGGCCUAUACAAACACACAUGCAAAGACUUUAAUCAAAGCCUAUUGGAUGAUAAUUUAACUAGGACAAAGGAAUUUAUAACUGACUUUUUCCGACAUAACAUAGGUACAGCAAAUCCCCUUAUUGUAUGGGACACCUUUAUAUGUGCCUUUAGAGGCCAUGCAAUUCAGUACUCAUCUCAAAAACAAAAGCAAUUUAGGUCAAAAAAUAGUUUAUACUAACAAAGGAAAUAGAAAGUCUAACAGAACAGAUAGAUGGCAAUAAAAACUGUAACAUAGAGGCUCAGAGUAAAUUAGAGGAAAAACAAAAAGAAAUUGAGAAACUUAUUCAAGAAUGAUCAAGUGUAAUAUAUUAUAAAAAUAUAGCAAACUGGAUGGAAUAUGGGGAAAAAUGCACCAAAUUCUUUUUUAAUCUUCAACAUAGGAAUGCUACCAAAAAUAAUUGAAUGAAACUGGUUACAAUUGACGGAGUAACCCAUGAUUUACCAAAUUAUAUUUUGAAGGAGGAAACAAAGUACUUUAAGCAUACGUUUCAGUCGCCUCCAUCUUCUCUAACAGAAGCUAAUUGUAGAGAUUUUUUUUCUAUUGAUAAUGUAAAAUUAACAGCCAUACAGAAAGACUCAUGUGAAGGUGAAAUUACAGAGGAGGAACUUCUGGAUGCAAUUAAAGACUUUAAGUCCGGGAAAACUCCAGAGUUGGAUGGCAUACCAGUCGAGGUAUACCAAACCUUUUUUGAUAUACUAAGAGGACCAUUAUUAUUAGCAUGUUUUAACCACUCCUAUGUAAAUGGUAGAUUAUCUGACACUCAAGAAGAAGAUCUCAUUAUUACUGAAACAGGGUACAAGUGGAAAAUAUAAAGAUCCAGUCCAUUAAAACAAUUGGAGUCCCCUCUGUAAUUUCACCUUCACAUGAGUCCUCUGUAGCUCAGCUGGUAGAGCACGGCGCUUGUAACGCCAAGGUAGUGGGUUCGAUCCCCGGGACCACCCAUACACAAAAAUGUAUGCACGCAUGACUGUAAGUCGCUUUGGAUAAAAGCGUCUGCUAAAUGGCAUAUUAUUAUUAUUAUUAUUACACUUCAGUGUUGUGAUGCAAAGAUUAUAGCAAAAUGUGUAGCGCAUAGAAUUAAAAAGGUAUUGUCGGAUAUUAUUCAUUCUAAUCAGACAGGUUUUUUACAUGGAAGAUACAUUGGAGAUAAUAUAAGGCAAGUAUUGGAAACAAUAUAACACUAUGGAAAAUCUGGGAAACCAGGCCUGCUAUUCAUAGCAGACUUUGAAAAGGCAUUUGAUAAAGUACAACUGGGGUUUAUACAUAAAUGCCUGGAGCAUUUCAAUUUUGGAGAAUCUCUUAUAAAAUGGGUCAAAAUCAUGUAUAGUAACCCUAGGUGUAAAAUAGUAAAUAAUGGCUAUUUCUCCGAAAGUUUUAAACUGUCAAGAGGAGUGAAACAAGGUUGUCCACUAUCGGCAUAUCUAUGUAUUGUUGUCAUCGAGAUGUUGGCUAUUAAAAUCAGAUCCAACAAUAAUAUCAGGGGAUUAGAAAUCCAGGGCUUAAAACAAAGGUGUCAUUGUACGCUGAUGAUUCAUGUUUUCUUUUAAAUCCACAACUAGAAUCCCUCCACAGCCUCAUAGAGGAUCUAGAUACAUUUUCUAACCUCUCAGGAUUACAACCAAAUUAUGACAAAUGUACUAUAUUACGUAUUGGAUCACUAAAAAAAUUGUACAUUACCAUAUAGUUUACCAAUAAAAUGGUCUGAUGGUGAUGUGGAUAUACUCAGAAUACAUAUCCCAAAGGAAAUAAAUGAUCUCACUUCAAUACAUUUUAAUAGAAAGUUAGCAAAAAUAGAUCUUGCUACCAUGGAAAGGUCAAUUUGUGGAAAAAUCUCCCUGAUUAACUCUUUAGUAUUAUCCCAGUUUACCUAUUUGCUUAUGGUCUUGCCUAUGCCUAGCGAACAGUUUUUUAAAUUAUAUGAGAAAAAAAAUCCAUUUUAUUUGGAACGGCAAGCCAGACAAAAUUAAACGGGCCUAUUUAUACAAUGAAUAUGAAUUCGGAGGACAGAAAUUAUUAGAUAUUAAAACAUUAGACCUAUCACAGAAGUUAUACUUAAAUCCGAACUGGUUUUCUAGCAAAUUAGUAAGAUUGUCUCACCCAAUGUUCAAGAAUGGCCUUUUUCCCUUUAUUCAGAUUACAACCACUCACUUUCAGUUAUUUGAAUAACUCUCCCAAAUAUCACUAUUUCUAAAACAAGCCAUGGAAAGUUGGUUGCAAUUUCAAUUUAAUCCUCCAGAAACGACAGAACAAAUAAUGGAACAAAUAUUGUGGUUAAACUCAAAUAUACUAAUUGACAAAAAAACUUACAAAAUGUUUAAAAAAAUUAUAAUCUUCGUAAAUGAUAUCAUCGGUAGGACUGGUGGAGUUAUGUCGCACAUGCAGCUAACAAAAACAUAUGGAAAUGUCUGCUCUACCCAAAAUUACAACCAAAUAAUUGCAGCCUUACCGCAAAAAUGAAAGAGGAAAGUGGAAGGGGGAGAAAGUAAGGAACUUGUCUGUCUGCCUUGCAUUAAAGAACAUAAUUGGUUAAGGAAAACUGUGAUAAAUAAAAAAGUAUAUCUGUUUCAUUUAAGGACCAAAGGAUUGACAGCCAUCCCAUAUAGAUUGCAAAAUAGUUGGGAAGAGAUUUUUGACGGACCGAUCCCAUGGCAUAGUGUUUAUGAACUGAUACGCAAAACGACACCGGAUUCAAAACUUAGAAUCUUUCAAUUUAAAUUAUUAUAUAACAUUCUUGCUACCAAUAGAAUGUUAUUUAUAUGGGGGAUACAAUCUUCCCAGCUCUGCAGAUGUUGCUGUGAAGAGACAGAAUCAUUAGAUCAUUUGUUUUGGUACUGUCCAUUUGUAGUUUGUUUUUGGACACAGGUCCAGGAAUGGCUAAAGGAUUGCAAUAUUUACCUGGACCUAACCUUGCAGAUAGCAUUACUGGGUGAUCUGAAAAGUCAUAGUCAAUCGAUCAAUAACAUAAUAAUACUUUUAGCAAAAAUGUUUAUUUUCAAUUCACAAUCUGUAGGACAUCACAGUACAGUUGAAAUAUAUAUGGCAAAUAGAAAUCCUAUAUGGAUGGUGUGAAAAGAUAGAUGGGAGGUGUUGAAUGGAAUUGAAGGAUGGGACUAAUAACAACUAACAACAAAUAAUAACAAAGAUAACUAAUAAUGUAAGCAUACUGUGUCCAUAAUAAGUAUAUAGGUUGCAGGUUGGGAGCUUUUGUGAAAGAGCACAGUUAGAAAGAUAUGGCAUAUAGAAGCAAACCGGAUGGACAUCAUGAAAAUGAUCGGAGAGGUUGAGAGUAGAGGAAGUUCAGGAGAAAAAACUAACAAAAUAUAAUUAUUGUAAAAUUGACUGUGUCCAUAAAAUGUAGAUAGUAGGUAUAAACUGGAAGUAGAGGCCUAAGCAUUGUUGUUCACUAGUUUACUCCAAGUAGGGAAAGGGUGGUGGGGUUGGAAAGUAAUAAAGGGGAAUAUAUAUAUAUUUUUAAAGGAUAUGUAUGUGUAUAUGUGUGUAUAUGUGUGUAUAUAUAUAUACACUGCUCAAAAAAAUAAAGGGAACACUUAAACAACACAAUGUAACUCCAAGUCAAUCACACUUCUGUGAAAUCAAACUGUCCACUUAGGAAGCAACACUGAUUGACAAUAAAUUUCACAUGCUGUUGUGCAAAUGGAAUAGACAACAGGUGGAAAUUACAGGCAAUUAGCAAGACACCCCCAAUAAAGAAGUGGUUCUGCAGGUGGUGACCACAGACCACUUCUCAGUUCCUAUGCUUCCUGUCACGUUUGAAUGCUGGUGGUGCUUUCACUCUAGUGGUAGCAUGAGACGGAGUCUACAACCCACACAAGUGGCUCAGGUAGUGCAGCUCAUCCAGGAUGGCACAUCAAUGCGAGCUGUGGCAAGAAGGUUUGCUGUGUUUGUCAGCGUAGUGUCCAGAGCAUGGAGGCACUACCAGGAGACAGGCCAGUACAUCAGGAGACGUGGAGGAGGCCGUAGGAGGGCAACAACCCAGCAGCAGGACCGCUACCUUCGCCUUUGUGCAAGGAGGAGCAGGAGGAGCACUGCCAGAGCCCUGCAAAAUGACCUCCAGCAGGACACAAAUGUGCAUGUGUCUGCUCAAACGGUCAGAAACAGACUCCAUGAGGGUGGUAUGAGGGCCCGACGUCCACAGGUGGGGGUUGUGCUUACAGCCCAACACCGUGCAGGACGUUUGGCAUUUGCCAGAGAACACAGAUGAAAGCAGGUUCACACUGAGCACAUGUGACAGACGCGACAGCGUCUGGAGACGCCGUGGAGAACGUUCUGCUGCCUGCAACAUCCUCCAGCAUGACCUGUUUGGCGGUGGGUCAGUCAUGGUGAGGGGUGGCAUUUCUUUGGGGGGCCGCACAGCCCUCCAUGUGCUCGCCAGGGGUAGCCUGACUGCCAUUAGGUACCGAGAUGAGAUCCUCAGACCCCUUGUGAGACCAUAUGCUGGUGCGGUUGGCCCUGGGUUCCUCCUAAUGCAAGACAAUGCUAGACCUCAUGUGGCUGGAGUGUGUCAGCAGUUCCUGCAAGAGGAAGGCAUUGAUGCUAUGGACUGGCCCGCCCGUUCCCCAGACCUGAAUCCAAUUGAGCACAUCUGGGACAUCAUGUCUUGCUCCAUCCAACAACGCCACGUUGCACCACAAACUGUCCAGGAGUUGGCGGAUGCUUUAGUCCAGGUCUGGGAGGAGAUCCCUCAGGAGACCAUCCGCCACCUCAUCAGGAGCAUGCCCAGGCAUUGUAGGGACGUCAUACAGGCACGUGGAGGUCACACACACUACUGAGCCUCAUUUUGACUUGUUUUAAGGACAUUACAUCAAAGUUGGAUCAGCCUGUAGUGUGGUUUUCCACUUUAAUUUUGAGGGUGACUCCAAAUCCAGACCUCCAUGGAUUGAUACAUUUGAUUUCCAUUGAUAAUUUUUGUGUGAUUUUGUUGUCAGCACAUUCAACUAUGUAAAGAAAAAAAUAUUUAAUAAGAUUAUUUCAUUCAUUCAGAUCUAGGAUGUGUUGUUUAAGUUUUCCCUUUUUUUUUGCAGUGUAUAUAUAUAUAUAUAUAUAUAUAUAUAUAUAUAUAUAAAUAAAUAAAAAAUGGGGGAUUGGAAGUGAUGCAGACAAUUACAUUGAUGGAAGUUACAAUCUAUCUGCAAUAUUAAGCUGAUCUACCCCUCCAAAAAAUAAACAAACAAAAAUAAAAGACAAAAAAAAGACACAAAAAAAUGAACAAAAAAAUGAAAUAAAAGACUUGAUGUUGUAAAAGGUCUAUUCUUAGUAACGCCUGAAUUGAGGAAGAGAUGUAAUUCUCAGGAAAACGACUUGCCGCAGUGCGUUGGUGGGGUGUGUGUGUGUGUUUUCCUCUUCUCUUGUUUGGUCUUCACGUGGGUGGAUAUUUUGUGUGUAUGUUUGUUUGAGGUUGUUUUUGGUUCCUUUUUUUACAAGGAGAUGAUAUGGUGGGAGGAGUAGGAGAAAACCCAACAUUACCAAGGAAGCAUCCCAAAUGGCGCCCUAUCCCCUAUAUCAGGGCUCUCCAACCCUGUUCCUGGAGAGCUACUGUCCUCUAGGUUUUCACUCCAACCCUAAUCUAGCGCACCUGAUUCUAAUAAUUAGCUGGUUGAUAAAUCAGGUUAGUAACUACUGAGGUUGGAGCGAAAACCUACAGGAGGGUAGCUCUUCAGGAACAGGGUUGGAGACUUUUGACCAGGGCGUAGUGCACUAUACUGUAUAUAGGGAAUAGGGUGUCAUUUGGGAUGUAAAUUCAAAUGAACUGCAUGAACUGCAUGUAAGACACAGAUUAUAAAGAAGUCAGUUAAAAAUGUCACCAGGCAAACAGUACAUUACUCUUCACUCUCAUGAACAAACACCCUCUUUUGUUUAUUUUUGUCUUUUUUUAACAACCUCUUUUUUGUCCCCUUUUUCUAGAAAUCCGUAAGAGGAGAAAAUCGCUCAGAAGGAAGCUUGACUCCUUCUCCAAAGAAAAGAAAGAGAAAGAGCGAGGUAAGGUCCCUCACCACCCCCCCCCCCCCCCCCCCCCCCCCCACCCCCUCAUAAACUAGAUGAUGAAGUGUUUAAAUCUUCCACAGUGUGGCCGCAUCCCAAAUGGCACCCUAUGUAGUGCACUAUGUAGGGAAUAGGGUGUAGGACGCAGCCUGUGACUCAGUACUCUUCGUUAAAACUGAAGACCGCAUACCAUACCUCAGAAGGUCAGACAGACCGGAGUCAUAUAGUUAGAUACACGGCUCUGAGACAGACUAACCACUAUUGACGUAGGUCUACAGUAGCUUCUACUCCUUCUUGACUAAUUGACUAAUGCCUGUGAAAUGAUCAACCACUGUUGACGUACAGUACAGUAGCUCCAAUACUCCGUCUUUAUUCCUUAAUGACAACUUAGUGAUUAAUGCUUGUGAAAUCAUCACGCACUGUUGACCUACAGUACAGUAGCUUUUCUACCUCUUCCUUGUUUAACAGGGACUAAUUGCUUAAUGCCUGUGAAAUCAUUGUGUUGAUGACAGUGAGCUCCAUUUCAACCACAAGAGGCAAGGGCCUCUUUAUACUGUAGAUGACUCAUUUUUGCAACUUUUGUCUGUUGUAGAAUGUUUAAACACUGCCUCCUGAGUGUAUACACUGACACACUCUCAUAAACAUACACACGAACUGACAAAAAAAAAAGGCAUAUGCACACAAGUAUAUGCGUACAGUCUCGCUCUCUUCCUGACAUACACUACCAGUCAAAAGUUUGGACACACCGACUCAUUCAAGGGUUUUUCUUAAUUUUUACAAUUUUUUACAUUGUAGAAUUAUAGUGAAUACAUCAAAACUAUGAAAUAACACAUAUGGAAUCAUGUAGUAACCAAACAAGUGUUAAACAAAUAAAAACAUAUUUUAUAUUUGAGAUUCUUCAAAUAGCCACCCUUUUGCCUUGAUGACAGCUUUGCACACUCUUGGCAUUGAGAGUGUACAUACACUCUGACAGACACAAAAGGCAUGUGCACACCAGUACAGUGGGGGAAAAAAGUAUUUAGUCAGCCACCAAUUGUGCAAGUUCUCCCACUUAAAAAGAUGAGAGAGGCCUGUAAUUUUCAUCAUAGGUACACGUCAACUAUGACAGACAAAUUGAGGAAAAACCCCCCAGAAAAUCACAUUGUAGGAUUUAUAAUGAAUUUAUUUGCAAAUUAUGGUGGAAAAUAAGUAUUUGGUCACCUACAAACAAGCAAGAUUUCUGGCUCUCACAGACCUGUAACUUCUUCUUUAAGAGGCUCCUCUGUCCUCCACUCGUUACCUGUAUUAAUGGCACCUGUUUGAACUUGUUAUCAGUAUAAAAGACACCUGUCCACAACCUCAAACAGUCACACUCCAAACUCCACUAUGGCCAAGACCAAAGAGCUGUCAAAGGACACCAGAAACAAAAUUGUAGACCUGCACCAGGCUGGGAAGACUGAAUCUGCAAUAGGUAAGCAGCUUGGUUUGAAGAAAUCAACUGUGGGAGCAAUUAUUAGGAAAUGGAAGACAUACAAGACCACUGAUAAUCUCCCUCGAUCUGGGGCUCCACGCAAGAUCUCACCCCGUGGGGUCAAAAUGAUCACAAGAACGGUGAGCAAAAAUCCCAGAACCACACGGGGGGACCUAGUGAAUGACCUGCGGAGAGCUGGGACCAAAGUAACAAAGCCUACCAUCAGUAACACACUACGCCGCCAGGGACUCAAAUCCUGCAGUGCCAGACGUGUCCCUUUGCUUAAGCCAGUACAUGUCCAGGCCCGUCUGAAGUUUGCUAGAGUGCAUUUGGAUGAUCCAGAAGAGGAUUGGGAGAAUGUCAUAUGGUCAGAUGAAACCAAAAUAGAACUUUUUGGUAAAAACUCAACUCGUCGUGUUUGGAGGACAAAGAAUGCUGAGUUGCAUCCAAAGAACACCAUACCUACUGUGAAGCAUGGGGGUGGAAACAUCAUGCUUUGGGGCUGUUUUUCUGCAAAGGGACCAGGACGACUGAAGGAAAGAAUGAAUGGGGCCAUGUAUCGUGAGAUUUUGAGUGAAAACCUCCUUCCAUCGGCAAGGGCAUUGAAGAUGAAACGUGGUUGGGUCUUUCAGCAUGACAAUGAUCCCAAACACACCGCCCGGGCAACGAAGGAGUGGCUUCGUAAGAAGCAUUUCAAGGUCCUGGAGUGGCCUAGCCAGUCUCCAGAUCUCAACCCCAUUGAAAAUCUUUGAAGGGAGUUGAAAGUAUGUGUUGCCCAGCGACAGCCCCAAAACAUCACUGCUCUUGGGGAGAUCUGCAUGGAGGAAUGGGCCAAAAUACCAGCAACAGUGUGUGAAAACCUUGUGAAGACUUACAGAAAACGUUUGACCUGUGUCAUUGCCAACAAAGGGUAUAUAACAAAGUAUUGAGAAACUUUUGUUAUUGACCAAAUACUUAUUUUCCACCAUAAUUUGCAAAUAAAUUCAUAAAAAAUCCUACAAUGUGAUUUUCUGGAAAUUGUUUUUCUCAUUUUGUCUGUCAUAGUUGACGUGUACCUAUGAUGAAAAAGACAGGCCUCUCUCAUCUUUUUAAGUGGGAGAACUUGCACAAUUGGUGGCUGACUAAAAACUUUUUUUCCCCACUGUAUAUGCGUACACAGUUGCUUUCUUUCUCCUUCUCACACACACACACAUACACACACUGACAAAAAAACUAAAAGGCAAAUGCACACACAUAUACACAGUCCCCCCCCCCACACACACACACACACACACACACACACACUCUGUUAUCCUCUCCUUGGCCCAGUGCUGGCCAUGUGGAGGUGUGAUCAGAGAGAAUAAAGAGAUGUUCUCUUCCUCCUCCAGCUGGUUACCUCCAGGGCAGGGCCAGCUAGCCAGCCUGUUGUCUUACCCAGGGUUAGGGUUGAUUAGGUUACCCGCGACAGGACAGGGUCUGCUAGCCAGUCUGUUGUAUUAGGCCUAUCUCAGAACAGUGGCCAGACAAUCUGCCUGUUAGCAUUACGGCCAGCUAGCCAUCCUGUUACCAAAGCCAAUGGCCAACUUGUAAGAAUUACUACCCAAGCCAAGCCAUGGCAAUGACCAGCCUGUUGUCUUUCUAACCCCAGAGCAGUGGCCAGACAAUCUGCCUAGGCUAGCUACCCAGGAAAAGGCCAGGGCAGUGGCUGUACCUGUCAGGCAGUAGCCAGCCUGUCUGACGUUAGGGCCAGCUAGCCUUCCUGUUGAUGUACCUAGGGAAGCCUGUCUGUCAUUACAGCCAGAUAGCGAGCCUGUUGUGUUACGCAGGGCAGUGGCCAGCCUGCCUGUCUGUCUGUCUGUUGGUGCUCUCAGGUCUGGGUCUGGGUAAAUCUCCUAAGAUGAAAGUACUUAACGCUCAGUCAGAACAUUGGGGUUUGGCAGGGAUGGGUGAAUGGAUGAAGGGAUGGAGUGGUCGAAAACAAACGAGGGUAAACGAACGCUCAGGUGAUCAGAGGCGAGUAGCGUCACUAACGCUAAUGCCAACAAAUGCAAAUUAACCCAUAAGAGUCUAAGCCCUGUCUAAGCCAGGGGAUGGGGGAGGGGGGGCUUACUGCUACUAGCCCAUACAAAUGCAAUUAAUAACAGAUCCACUACAUGGAACAACAGAUAGUCCCCCUCAAAAAAAUCUAAAGGAAGUUUGUUCUGAAGUGUCUAUCCAAUAUAUACUUUUUUUUUUUUUUUUUUUACAUGUAUUUAACCCCUUAUUUUGUCACUAAACAGUCUCCACAUAUACUUCCAUAAUUUUUUUUGACUGGUACCGGGGGACCUUCAGAUGACUCUUGUGAGGCCUGUGGAAUCUCACCUUUACACAGAGGGGUCAUAUAAGUGUCUAGCCCAAAUUGUUUGGACGCUACAGACAGAAGUUGGCAGAUCAGCUAUUCCGACUUCAGACGAGUCCCAAGACGCUUGUGGGGGUCGUAGAGCAAAACGGAGAACACCAUCAUGUUCGUGAGAGUCUCAUCUUUCCAUAAUAGUUUGUAGGCCAAACCACUCGGAUGCUACAGAUGAUUUUGUGAGAAGAUCGAUUUUUGGGAUGUAUCAUGAUCUGACAAACACCGCUCUAGCUCUGUCACCUUCACCGCAGGUGCGGAAGUGUUACAUAGUCAGAUGCGGUGGAUUGAGAUGCAUCCAAUGCAAAAAAAAACAGAUAUCUCUAUCUUAAACUGAUGGAUUUUUAUGGGGAUUUUUGUAUUAUGCUAAUUCGAUUUCAGUGCACGCGCAGACAUCGACCUUAGGGGUGUAAAAGCACUUUUCACAAAAUAAAAGGUUGUGUAUACUGUGUUUACGUGUCUGUUUACCCUCCACUACAACCCUGGAUGAAUGGAUGCCAGUUGUGCUUGUUCUUUUAAGGCAAAUACCAUGGUAUUUUCCUGCCACGGUAGUGACCAAAACACCAUGAUAGUACCAUAGUAUCUUUUUAAUUGUACUACUAUGGCAGGAAAAUACCAUGGCAUUUGCAGCAGUACUAUUAUAUUUUCCUGCCAUUUUAGUGACCAAAAUACCAUGAUAAUACCAUAGUUUUGUACUAGCAGCAUGUAGUGAUACUAGUGAAACAUGAAAGCAUGGUAGUUGUUUACAAUGUAUUAUCAUGAUGGUCCAUGUCCCACAAUUUUUCGGGUAAUGUGACCAAAAACAUAGUAAUUUAUCAAUCAAUCAAUUUUAUUUUAUAUAGCCCUUCUUACAUCAGCUAAUAUCUCGAAGUGCUGUACAGAAACCCAGCCUAAAACCCCAAACAGUUAGUAAUGCAGGUGUAGAAGCACGGUGGCUAGGAAAAACUCCCUAGAAAGGCGAAAACCUAGGAAGAAACCUAGAGAGGAACCAGGCUAUGAGGGGUGGCCAGUCCUCUUCUGGCUGUGCCGGGUGGAGAUUAUAACAGAACCAUGCCAAGAUGUUCAAAAAUGUUCAUAAGUGACAAGCAUGGUCAAAUAAUAAUCAGGAAUAAAUCUCAGUUGGCUUUUCAUAGCCGAUCAUUAAGAGUUUGAAAACAGCAGGUCUGGGACAGGUAGGGGUUCCAUAACCGCAGGCAGAACAGUUUAAACUGGAAUAGCAGCAAGGCCAGGCGGACUGGGGACAGCAAGGAGUCACCACGGCCGGUAGUCCCGACGUAUGGUCCUAGGGCUCAGGUCUCUCAGUUGGCUUUUCAUAGCCGAUCAUUAAGAGUUGAAAACAGCAGGUCUGGGACCGGUAGGGGUUUCGUAGCCGCAGGCAGAACAGUUGAAACUGGAAUAGCAGCAAGGCCAGGCGGACUGGGGACAGCAAGGUGUCAUCAUGCCCGGUAGUCCUGACGUAUGGUCCUAGGGCUCAGGUUCUCAGAGAGAAAGAGAGAACGAGAGAAUUAGAGAGAGCAUACUUAAAUUCACACAGGACACUGGAUAAGACAGGAGAAGUACUCCAGGUAUAACCAACUAACCCCAGCCCCCCGACACAUAAACUACUGCAGCAUAAAUACUGGAGGCUGAGACAGGAGCGGUCCGGAGACACUGUGGCCCCAUCCGAAGAAACCCCCGGACAGGGCCAAACAGGAAGGAUAUAACCCCACCCACUCCGCCAAAGCACAGCCCCCGCACCACUAGAGGGAUAUCCCCAACCACCAACUUACAAUCCUGAGACAAGGCCGAGUAUAGCCCACAGAGGUCUCCACCACAGCACAAACCAAGGGGGGGGCGCCAACCCAGACAGGAAGAUCACGUCAGUAACUCAACCCACUCAAGUGACGCACCCCUCCCAGGGACGGCAUGAAAGAGCACCAGCAAGCCAGUGACUCAGCCCCUGCAACAGGGUUAGAGGCAGAGAACCCCAGUGGAGAGGGGAACCGGCCUGGCAGAGACAGCAAGGGCUGUUCGUUGCUCCAGCCUUUCCGUUCACCUUCACACUCCUGGGCCAGACUACACUCAAUCUACUCAGACUACUCACAUAAUGCAACGUUGACUUCUCGCUCUGCAAUGACAAAGUGUAGGCCUAGUGUACCCUAUUAAACCUCUUGAGCUUAAUGAAAAACCACAACACACAUGAUCUAGUAGUGUAGUGUGCCUCUUAAACCUUAGCCCGCCGGUAAACUAUAUAGCUUAUUAGCACGCUAGUCAGCUAGCUACAUGCUUGCUAAUUAGCCAGUAAGCUUAUUAACUAGUUAGCCUGUCAGCUACUGUAGCUAGCCACUGGCCCUCAACCAAACAGUGGCAUCUGCGGGAGGAUUUAGUUAAUUGAUGUACCGACAUACACGUGUCCAUGGCUUGUAUGUACCUUGAACCAGCUUCAAGGAAAGGAUAAGAAGAGGAGUGGGGGGUGAAGGGAAGAGAUAGAGGGUGGGGGAGAAAAAGAGAAGGAAGGUUUGAGAGACAGGGAGAGAUGGGGUGAGAGAGGAGGGAGGGAGGGAGAACGAGAGAAGGAAAGUUUGAGAGACAGGGAGAGGUGGGGUGAGAGAGAGGGAGAGAGGGAGAGAGAGAGAAUGAAAAAGGGAGACAGAAACCACAUUCUCAUCCAUAGUUUUUAUGUGAGUAAUGUCAUACUGUAUAAAACAAAUUCUUGACAGCUGUGACGGAAACAGGAAGUUUAGGUAAAAUUUUUGAAAUGCCGACAUGGUGGGGUCUUUUUGUGUCGGUAAAAUUUAGUAUGCGAGAAAUGGCGGUGUAAAUGUCUUUAUGCCACAUAUAUUGAUAUAAUAACCAUCCUAUCGAAGUAAACUUGGAGUCAUACGACUUGGGAAACCAUGCAGUUUAUUAGGCUACAGAUUAAAUAAAUUAUGAUGAACUUCACAGGGUGAUGAAAGUGCACAGUGAUGAGCUUGAUGCGCCUUUCCAAUAAAUGUCGAGGGUCUUAUUCUGGUGACAUGAUGAUAAAUGUUUGACUGCCAUUUGACAAAUAAAAAUAUUAUCGCUCUUAUCCAUAAUAAUCUCAUCAUGCAGAAUAACCUACCCGCAGAGCCUACACACAUUGUAAAUGUAUAUGUGAAAUGUUGGCUAGAGCGCAUGUGCCAAGACCAGAGUGGGCACAUUUGCUAUUUAACGCAACAGUUUUUGUGACAAAAUUAUCGGUAGAGUUGAAAAUGCGAUGGAAACACAAUGAACAUUGUGCACUACGCCAUCACAUACUGAUUUGUAUCUGCAACAAGUCCGUUUGGUGGAAACACCACUGGUGGGAAAAUAUACAUAAUUUCUUUAUGCAGAUGUUAGAAUACUUGCAUGAAAACCUGUCUCCAAUUGGAUGGAAACCUAGCUAGAAGGAGAGAAUAGGGGUAGAGAGAAUUAUAGAGAGAGGAGGGUUUGAGAGAUGGAGAGAGAGAGGGGAGGAGAUGCAGAGAGGGUAAAAACAAGAGACGGAGGAGAGAGAGAGAGAGAGAGAGAGAGAGAGAGAGAGAGAGAGAGAGAGAGAGAGAGAGAGAGAGAGAGAGAGAGAGAGAGAGAGAGAGAGAGAGAGAGAGAGAGAGAGAGAGAGGGGAUUUCAGGUUCAAGCGGUAUUUCAGGUUCAAUCCCCCUAUCCUUAGAGCUUUACUUCUUGGCACUCUGCCAGUCUCCCAUGUCUGACCAGCUUUAGGUCUUAUGACCUCUUCACAGCAGGAGUGUGUGCGGAUGUGUGUGUGUGCUUGUGUGUUUUAUAUGAAAUAAUUAAUGAACAAAAAAAAGUACGUCAAAUUGCCAGUUGGCAACCCAUCCCUUACUGGAAUAACUGACACAUAAACAGACAUUACAAUGAUUCACAGUGAUAAUUCUUCCGGUGUUCUGCAUAGUGCACAUCUCUUAAGGAAUGAAAAAUAAAUCAAUACAUAAUAGUAGAUAGGGUUAUCCAAGCAAUAAUAAUAAACCUAGAGCAGUAAAAAUACAAAUAAAAUACAGAUAAAUAAUCCCGGUCUCUCACAAAGAGAAGAUUAAAGUGUGAGAAAAACAGUAGGCCCACACACAAUUUAUAUACACUGAGUAUACAAAACAUUAAGAACACCUGCUUUUUCCAUGAUGUAGACUGAUCAGGUGAAUCCAGGUGAAAGCUAUGAUCCCUUAUUGAUGUGACUUGUUAAAUCCACUUCAAUCAGUAUAGAUGAAUGGGAAGAGACAGGUUAAAGAAUGAUUUUUAAGCCUUGAGACUAUUGAGACAUGGAUUGUGUAUGUGUGCCAUCCAGAAGCUGAAUGGGCAAGACAAAAUAUUUAAGUGCCUUUGAACGGGGUAUGGUAGUAGGUGGCAGGCGCACUGGUUUGUGUCAAGAACUGCAAUGCUGCUGGGGUUUUUACGCUCAACAGUUUGCCAUGUGUAUCAAGAAUGGUCCACCACCCAAAGGACAUCCAGCCAACUUGACACAACUGUGGGAAGCAUUGGAGUCAACAUGGGCCAGCAUCCCUGUGGAACGCUUUUGACACCUUGUAGAGUCAAUGCCCCGACGAAUUGAGGCUGAUCUGAGGCCAAAAGGGUGUGCAACUCAAUAUUAGGAAGGUGUUCCUAAUGUUUGGUAUACUCAGUGUACAUAUGCCUAUGCCUGGAGCUAAAUAUUUGUAUAAUUUAUACUGAACAAAAAUAUAAAUGCAACAUGUAAAGUGUUGGUCCCAUGUUUCAUGAGCUGAAAUAAAAGAUCCCAGAAAUGUUCCAUACGCACAGAAAGCUUAUUUCUCUUAAAUGUUGUGCACAAAUUUGUGUACAUCCCUGUUAGUAAAAAUUUCUCCUUUGCCAAGAUAAUCCAUCCACCUGACAGGUGUGGCAUAUCAAGAAGCUGAUUAAACUGCAUGAUCAUUAGACAGGUGCACCUUGUGCUGGGGACAAUAAAAGGCCACUCUAAAAUGUGCAGUUUUGUCACACAACACAAUGCCACAGAUGUCUUUGAGGGUUUUGAGGGGGUGUCCAAUUGGCAUGCUGACUGCAGGAAUGUCCAUCAGAGCUAUUGCCAGAGAUUUUGAAUGUUCAUUUUUCUACCACCACAUUCGGCUUCCUCACCUGCGGGAUUGUCUGAUGAGGGGUGGGGGAAUAUUUCUGUUUGUAAUAAAGCCCUUUUGUGGGGAAAAACUCAUUCGGAUUGGCUGGGCCUGGCUCCCCAGUGGGUGUACCUGGAUCCCAAGUGGGUGGGCUUAUGCCCUCCUAGGCUCACCCAUAGCUGCACUCCUGCCCAGUAAUGUGAAAUCCAUAGAUUAGGGCCUCAUUUAUUUAUUUCAAUUGACUGAUUUCCUUUCAUGAACUGUAACUUAUUAAAAUCUUAGAAAUGGUUGCAUGUUGCAAAAGGUCACCCUUUUAAUUUUAUUCCAGGCUUUCUAAAAAAUGUUCAUCAAAUGGAAAUACACAAUGGACAAAAAAUAAAAUGUCCUUGUCUUCAUCGCUCAGUCACAUAAUGCCAGGGUAUAUCUGGUGGGCUUUCUGGAAUAAGGACAAGCGUAUAUUGUGGUAGAGAUGUGCAAUAGAGGAUAAAAUGAAUAUCAUUCUCUAUCUCUUGGAGGUCACAAUAUUUACAAAGUAUUUCCUCUUCCAUUUCACCACAAUACCGAUCUGUUUCAAUAGCAAUGGCAAUAUUGCUGAUCUUACCUGUGCACAUAGCAAUCUUUCUUUUGCUUUUAGGUAGGUUGUACAUAAUAUAUCUCCACACACAAAUUCACUCUUAAUCAAACAAAAGAUUCUCAAUAUGGGUUUGUGAUUAAUCAACUCCUGAGGAGAGACACAUGAAAAGUGGGUGAGACAUGGUAGAGAGGGGGAAGGAGCAGCCGGUACGAUACCUCAUUUAUCCGCCAGAGGACCUUAAAUGGCCUCACAAACCAGGGGCUCAGUUUCUUGCAGGGCAGGCAGAGAGGGAGGUUUUUAGUGGACAGCCAGACAUGAUCACCAGGCUGGAAUACGGGGGCCUCACUGCGGUGGCGGUCGGCUUGGUCCUUCUGCCGACGAAUGGCCCUCUGGAGAUGGACAUGGGCGGCAUCCCAGACCUGUCCAGCCCUGCGGAACCAUUCGUCGACAGCGGGCGCAUCGGACUGGCUGGGUGUCCAAGGGGCCAGGACGCACUACAUUUACAUUACAUUUUAGUCAUUUAGCAGACGCUCUUAUCCAGAGCGACUUACAGUUAGUGAAUACAUAUAUUUUUUUUUUAUACUGGCCCCCCGUCGGAAUCGAACCCACAACCCUGGCAUUGCAAACGCCAUGUUCUAUCAACUGAGCUACAUCCCUGCCGGCCAUUCCCUCCCCUACCCUGGACGACGCUGGGCCAAUUGUGCGCCGCCCAUGAGUCUCCCGGUCGCGGCCGGCGGCGACAGAGCCUGGAUUCGAACCAGGAUCUCUAGUGGCACAGUUAGCACUGCGAUGCAGUGCCUUAGACCACUGCGCCACUCAGGAGUACUCCCACUAGAAGGGAGUUAGCCCCAUGGAGGAGUGAACGAGGGAGUUCUGGGCAUAUUCUGCCCAGGGAAGAAACCUCGCCCACUCAGCUGCUGGUUCAUGCACUCCACCUGCCCAUUUGACUGAGGCCUAUACCCAGAAGUGAGGCUGGCCAUUGCCCCGAUCUUCUCCAAGAAAGCCUUCCACACUCGGGAGGUGAAUUAGGGGCCACGGUCCGAGACGAUGUCCUCUGGAAGUCCAUAAUGCCGGAAGACCUGUUGGAACAAAAAACGGCAUGAUUGGGAGAACCGAUCUACGACCACCAGGACUGUAGUGAAGCAGUCAGAACGUGGGAGGUCAGUGACAAAGUCUAUGGACAGGUGUGACCAAGGUCGCUGAGGCACUGGGAGAGGAACUAGUUUGCCUGCCGGGGCAUUCCGAAGUGUCUUCGUUUGGGCACAUACGGAACAGGAGUUGAUAUAGCGGGAGACAUCAGUAGCCAAGGUGGGCCACCAGUAUUUUUGUGAGAGAGAAUGUAGGGUGUGCGUCAUACCGGAGUGCCCUGCCAUAAGGGUGGUGUGCGCCCAGAUCAGCAGGCGGUCACGGACCCUGGUGGGUACAUACACGCAGGUGCUGGGUCCUCCUGAACCGCCAGGCGGAUGUCUUCGUCCACAUCCCAAAUGACAGGUGCCACGAUGAGAGACGGAGGCAGGAUAGGACCCCCCAGAUCCUUCCUUUCUCCAGUAUGGUGCAUCCUGGAGAGUGCGUUGGCUUUCACAUUCUGAGAUCUUGGGCGGUAGGACAGAAUAAACUGAAAGCGAGUAAGAAAUUGGGCCCACCUGGCUUGACGAGUGUUCAUUAGUUUCGCUGCCCGUAUGUGCUCCAAAUUCCGGUGGUCAGUGAGAAUCCGGAAUCGAUGGACUGCGCCCUCCAGCCAGUGUCUCCAUUCCUCCAGAGCGAGGACCACCGCCAACAGCUCCCUGUCUCCAACUCCAUAGUUCCUCUCUGCGGGGGUAAGCUUUUUCGAGAAAAAGGCACAGGGAUACAUUUUCUCUGACUUUCCUUGCCGCUGGGAGAGGACCCCACCCUUGCCCUCCUCAUAUGCAUCCACCUCCAGGAUGAAAGGACGAGCUGGAUCUAGGUGUUUUAGGAGGGGCGCUAUGGUGAACCUCUCCUUCAGCCUCUUGAAGACAGCGUCAGUCUCAGGAUUCCAGGCCAGCUUCUGAGGCUCCCCCUUAAGGAGAGAGGUGAGCGGGGCGGCUAUGGAGCUGAAGGACCUGAUGAAAAUUUGCGAAGCCCAGGAAGCUCUGUAGGCCCUUGAUGGUGGUGAGGACUGGCCAUGACCUGACGGCGUCCGUCUUCUUUCCAUGAACACCCCCUGAGGACUGAUCCUGUAUCCCAGGAAGGAGAUGGCCUGUUGGUGGAAUUUGCAUUUCUCCCCCUUCACCAACAGGCUGUGUAGGACUGCUCUGACGUCCAUGACGUGCUCCUCAAACAUAGCCAAGUAGAUCAGGAUAUCGUCGAUGUACACCACCACCUGUCUACUCAUGUCUCGGAAUACGUCAUUGACGAAGGACUGGAACACAGAAGGUGUGUAGGCCGUAGGGCAUGACGCAAUAUUCAUAGUGGGCUGAGGUAGUGCUGAAUACCUUCUUCCACUCGUCUCCUUCCCGGAUUCAGAUCAGGUUGUAGGCACUCCUCAGGUCCAACUUAGUAAAGUACCAGGCCCCUAGCAGCUGCUCGAUGACCGAUGGAACCAGAGGGAGGGGGUACCAGUACCUGGUGGUGACUGUGCUCAGCCCCCGGUAGUCAAUGCACGGCCUCAGUCCUCUAUCUUUUUUGGCCACGAAGAAGAAGCUGGCAGAGGCAGGAGAGGUAGAGCAUCUGAUGAACCCCUGUUUCAGGGUCUCCGCCACAUAUAUAAUAAUAAUAAUAAUAAUAUGCCAUUUAGCAGACGCUUUUAUCCAAAGCGACUUACAGUCAUGCGUGCACACAUUUUUUUUGUGUAUGGGUGGUCCCGGGGAUCGAACCAACUACCUUGGCGUUACAAGCGCCGUGCUCUACCAGCUGAGCUACAGAGGACCACUGGCCUCAGUCUCCGCUAUGGAGAGGGAGUAAAUGUGACUCUUCUGGGGGUGUUGUCCCUCCAGCAGGUCAAUGGCGCAGUCCCAGUGCCUGUGAGGAGGGAGACACUUAGCCUUGGAGGCAGAGAAGACAUCGGAGAGAUCUGCAUACUCACGUGGAAUGUUGGGCUGGAGGGCAGACUACGGACUCUCCACUGAGAACAACAAACCACCGGCAGACACCUGUAUGAGGGGCACCAGGCUGCGAUCCUCUUAGUGAUCCAAUUGAUGGUGGGGUUGUGUAGUCUGAGCCAGGGCAAUCCCAAGACGAUCCGGUGAAAGGGUGACGUGACGAUGUGGAAGGACAGCUCCUCGUGGUGCUCCGGUAGUGUGGGAAUGGUGAUGGUGAUGGGGAGAGUGACUUGCGUAAUGGUGCCUGAUCGAAGUGGUUUAUUGUCCAGCGAGGUGACGUGUAGCGGAGAAGGCAGUGCCACGAUGGGCAACCCCCAUUCAUAGACCAGCUCCCUAUCUGUAAGGUUCCCCGCUGAUCCGGAAUCUAUCAUUGCCGUGGAAAGUGAAGAGAAGGAAGAAUCAUUCACCGUUAGGGGAACUAAAAACAAUGGUUUGGUGACAGGUGAUGACGGAACACUCACGGAGCGGCGACGGGAGUUAUUCCACCUAGAUAGGGAGCUGCCAGGAGAUAUGUGGUCCGUGGUGGUGUAGGGGCUGCUGCCCACCUCCAUGGGUGAGGACUUGGAGGCAGGGCGGCUUCCAUAGCUCAGAUGGGGUGAGCGUCGAGGCUCCAGGAGGUGUUGGGAACGCCGUCGGUCUCUCAACAUGCCGUCAAGACGAAUGGACGUGGCGAUGAGGGUAUCAAGGUCCAUCUCGUUGUCCCAACAUGCGAGUUCCGUCGUGAUGGCCUCCCGUAAGCCUCUCCUGAAGGCUGUGCGCAGAGCACGCUCAUUCCAGCCGGAAGACACCGCCACCGUGUGAAAGCUCAGGGCAUACUCGAACGCGGCCCCCUCUCCCUGUUGUAGCCAGAGGAGACGCUCACCGCCAUCCUUUCCCUCUGUGGGAUGAUCGAACACCGCCCUGAACCGAGCGAGGAAGGUGGAGUAGGGAAGCGCCGCGGCCUCACCUCCAUCCCAGACUGCCGUGGCCCAAUUCAGUGCCUUUCCCUUCAGUAGCGAAAUCACCAGCGCUAUCCUGGCUUGGUCCGAUGGAGAUGCCCCACGCUGACGUGCCAGAUACAGUGAGACCUGUAGCAGGAAGCCUCUACAUUUUAUUGUUUUCCCGUCAUAGCGCUCCGGCAGGGUAGGGGUCCCUCAGACGUUGGUGAUAGCCUGGGAGGAGGUGGACUGGGUGCACUCGCCGCUCCCUGAGGUGGAACCGUGUAGCUCAGUUGGUAGAGCAUGGUGUUUGCAACGCCAGGGUUGUGGGUUCAAUUCCCACAGGGGGCCAGUAUGAAAAAAAAAUGUAUGCACUCACUAACUGUAAGUCGCUCUGGAUAAGAGCGUCUGCUAAAUGAUGUAAAUGUAAAAUGAACCGGAGCGAUGGUCAGUUUAUGGAGCGUUUGGAGCACUUCCUGCAUGGCGGCGUUCAGCUGGGCAAUCUGCUGCUGGUGCUGGUCGAGGCGCUGGGGAACUCCAGGAGGAUUACCUGCUGCAUCCAUCUUCGUGAUUCUGUGAUGAGUACUGAGGAUACGAAGAGGCAGGAAUCAACAAUGUAAAGGUUUACUUAACACUGAGCAAGAUAUAAACAAAGAGCGAGUACACGACAUUACACUAACAAUCACACACAACACAACACUGAACAAUUCAGGGCUAUAUAGGGGUGGUGAUGAGAUGAUGAGGUGCAGGUGCGCUGGAGGUGAUUAGGGUGCGUUGGGUUUAGGAGACGUGACAGUUUACAUGUACAGUGCCUUCACAAAGUAUUCAUAUCCCCUUAUUUAUUCUACAUUUUGUUGUGUGACAGCCUGAAUUUAAAAUGGAUUAAAUUGAGAUUUUGUGUCACCAAUCUACACACAAUACCCCAUAAUGUCAAAGGGGAAUUUUGUUUGUUGAAAUAAAAAAUGUUUUUAAACAAACAUGAAAAGCUCAUUUGUUAUGGCAGGCCUAGCUAAGUUCAGGAGUAAAAAUGUGUUUAAGAAAUCACAUAAUAAGUUGCAUGGACUCAUUCUGUGUUCAAUAAUAGUGGUUAACAUGAUUUUUGAAUGACUACCCAUUUCUGUACCCCACACAUACAAUUAUCUGUAAGGUCCCUCAAUCGAGUAGCACAGAUUCAACCACAAAGACCAGGGAGGUUUAUCCAAUGCCUCACAAAGAAGGGCCCCGAUUGGUAGAUGUGUAAAAAAUAUCCCACUGAAUAACCCUUUGAGCAUGGUGAAGUUAUUAAUUAGGCUUUGGAUGGUGUAUCAAUACACCCAGUCACCACAAAGAUACAGGCAUCCUUCCUAACUCAGUUGCCGGAGAAGAAGGAAACUGCUCAGGGAUUUCACCAUGAGGCCAAUGGUGAUUUUAACACAGUUACAGAGUUUAAUGGUUGUGAUAUGAGAACGGAGGAUGGAUCAACAAGAUUCUAGUUACUCCACAAUACUAACCUAAAUGACAGAGUGAAAAGAAGGAAGCCUGUACAGAAUAAAACAUAUUCCAAAACAUGCAUCCUGUUUGCAACAAGGAACUUAAGUAAUACUGCAAAAAAUGUGACAAAUAAAUUAACUUUUUGUCCUGAAUACAAAACAUUAUGUUUGGUUUGGGGCAAAUCCAACAAAACACAUCACUGAGUACCACUCUUGAUAUUUUCAAGCAUAGUGGUGGCUGCAUCAUGUUAUGGGUAUGCUUGUCAUUGGCAAGGACUAGGGAGUUUUUCAGGAUAAAAAGCAACGGAAUACAGCUAAGCACAGGCAAAAUCCUAGAAGAAAACCUGCUUCAGACUUCUUUCCAACACACACUGGGAGACGAAUUCACCUUUCAGCAGGACAAUAACCUAAAUCACAAGGCCAAAUCUACACUGGAGUUGCUUGCCAAGAUGACAUUAAAUGUUCCUGAGUGGCCUAGUUGUAGUUUUGAGUUAAAUCGGCAUGAAAAUCUAUGGCAAGACUUGAAAAUAGCUUUCUAGCAAUGAGCAACAACCAACUUGACAGAGCUUGAAGAAUUUAAAAAAUAAUAAUGAGCAAGAAUUGUACAAUCCAGGUGUGCAAAGCUCUUAGAGACUUGGCCAAAAAGACUCACAGCUGUAAUCACUGCCAAAGGUGAUUCUAACAUGUAUUGUCUCCAGGGGGGUGAAUACUUCUUUAAUCAAGAUACAGUACAUAUUAGUUCGUUAUUUUCCAUAAAUGUUUAAUAAAUGUUAGAAUCUUUCUUCCACUUUGACAUUAUUUUGUGUAGAUCGUUGACCAAAAAUCCAUUUGAAUCCCACUUUGUAACACAACAAAAUGUGGAAAAGGUCAAGGGGUGUGAAUACUUUCUGAAGGCAAUAUAUAUUGCCAUUAGUAUAUUAACAUAAGUAUUUAUAUAUUCCUGCUACCAGUCACUUUUAAACCCUGUUUACAGUACAUGAACAGUAUAUCCAUCUAUUACGCCUACACUCUCACACUAACACCCACACACAAACACUCACAUACACACCCACCCACCACUUAUGCUGCUGCCAUAUUGUUUAUUAUUAUUAUUAUUAUUAUUAUUAUUAUUAUUUAUCCUGCUACCAGUCACUUUCUCCGAAUACCUGCCUACAUGUACAGUGCCUUCAGAAAGUAUUCAUACCCCUUGACUUAUUCCACAUUUUGUUGUGUUACAGUCUGAAUUCAAAAUGAACUAAAUGCAUUUAUUUUCUCACCCAUCUACACACAAUAGCCAAUCAUGACAAAGUGAAAACAUGUUUUCAGAAAAUGCUGCAAAUGUAUUGAAAAUGAAAUCGAGAAAUAUCUCAUUUACAUAAGUAUUCACAUUCCUUUGCUAUGUCACCCCAAAUUGAGCUCAGGUGCAUCCAAUUUCCUUUGAUCAUCCUUGAGAUGUCAUUACAACUUGCUUGGAGUCCACCUGUGGCCAAUUCAAUUGUUUGGACAUGAUUUAGAAAGAAACACACCUGUCUAUAUAAGGUCCCACAGUUGACAGUGCAUGUCAGAGCAGAAACUAUACCAUGAAGUCCAAGGAACUGGCCAUAUAUCUCUGAGAUAGAAUUGUGUUGAGGCAUAUAUCUGGGGAAGGGUAUAAAACAAUGUCUAGAGUGUUGAAAGUUUACAAGAGCACAGUGGUCUCCAUCAUUGGGAAAUUGAAAAAAUAUAGAACUACCCAGACUCUGCCUAGAUCUGGCCGUCUGACCAAACUGAGCAACCGGGCAUGAAGGGCCUUGGUCAGGGAGGUGAACAAGAACCCAAUGACCACUCUGGCAGAACUACAGCGUUCCUUAGCUGAAAUGGGAGAACCUGCCAAAAGGACAAGUGUCUCGACAGCACAUCACCAAUCUGGGCUUUAUGAGAGAGUGGCCAGACGGAAGCCACUCCUGAGAAAAAGGCACAUGACAGCACGCCUGGAGUUUGCAAAAACGGCACGUAAAAGACUCUGAGAGCAUAAGUCAAAAGAUUCUGUGGUCUGAUGAGACAAAAAUGUAACUCUUUGGCUUGAAUACAAAGCGAUAUGUAUGGAGAAAACCAGGCACAGCUCAUCACCUGUGUAACACCAUCCCUACCAUGAAGCAUGGUAGUGGAAGCAUCAUGCUAUGGGGAUGCUUUUCAGCGGCAGGGACUGGGAGACUGGUAAGGAUAGAGGGAACAAUGAAUGGAGCCAAAUACAGGCAAAUCCUUGAUGAGAACCUGCUUCAGAGUGCAAAUGGCCUUAGACUGGGGCGAAGAUAUGCGUUCCAACAGGACAAUGACCCCAAGCAUACAGCCAAAGCAACGCUGGAAUAGCUUCAGAACAAGAAUGUGAUAGUCCUAGAGUGGCCCAGCCAAAGCCCAGACUUGGAUCCCAUUGAAAAUCUGUGGAAAGAGUUGAAGAUUGAUGUUCAGUGCCGCUCCCCAUCUAAGUUAACAGAGUUUGAGAAAAUCUGCAAGGAAGAAUGGGAAAAAAUCCAGAUGUGCAAAGCUGAUACAGACGUACCCGACAACUCAAAGCUGUAAUCGUCGCCAAAGGUGCUUCUACAAAGUAUUGACUCAGGGGUGUGAAUGCUUAUGUAAAUUAGAUAUUUCUGUACAUUUGCAAACAUUUCUAAAAACAUGUUUUCACUUUGUCAUUAUGGGGUAUUGUGUGUAGAUGGGUGAGAAAUUUAUAUUUAUAUAUUUUUUUAGGAUAAGGGUUAAGGUUAGGGUUAGUAGAUAGUUUAAAUGUUACUGAAACGAAAUAUCUGUUCUUCCCUCUCUCUCCUUCCCUAUCUAUCCCUAUUUCCUUUCCUCCAUCCAUACCACUUUUGACCUCUUCCUUCAUCCCACAGAGACGGCCGCCAAGGCAUUUGGCAUCCCUCUCUCCCAAGUGAUAGCCAACGACCGGGCAUACAAGCAGCGUCAGGAUGCUCUGAAGGUUUAUUUGUUAAUCUACUUCAAUAGAUUGUCUUACUGUAAAGUGUGAAAAAUACAGAAAAAAAACACGUAUGCAAAAACAAGUGUAAAAACCGCACACUAGAAAAGGCAGACGACCAACCUUUACUUUAGUUCUAUUUACUGUAAAGUGUGUUGUGAUUAUAAAAUUAUGCACUUUAAAUAAAGUUUGAUUUGAUUUGCUCUGAAGGAGAGUCGGAGAGACUGCCUGGAUCUAGAGGCCAGCGUCCUGUGGUUCCGGGCUGAGAAACAGCAGCAGAGCAACGGGAAUAAACCCCUCUGUAGCACGGCUACAUCUUCAUCAUCAUCAGCACUGCCGCUGCACAGCAAGCCACUCUCACCCAGGUUCCUGGAUAAGAAGGCUAGAGUGCAGAGACGGGUGAGUUGGAGUUGGAGAGCGCAGACGCGCGCACACACACAUACAGAGACACACACACAGAGACAAGUAGAUGUAAAUGCUCGUCUGUAUGUCUGGGCUUUACUUUUGUCUGAAAUAUGCAGACCUCUCUUUGGCUUUCAAAAGAGCAGUCAAAAAUCCAACAAACAUUUGUCAACCAUGACUUAUCAACUUCAAGCUACGGUUUCAAAACAUGACCACGCUGACAUAUCUCCUCCAAGAUAAUCAAACAUUUCUAAUGUAGGCAUUUUUCACUUGAACGUACUAGCCAGCACAUUCCGUAGUCCUAAGAAUGUGGUUAUUGUGAAAUACUGUAACUUAGGUGAAACUGAUCCAAACAUAUCCGUUCAAAAAUACAUCUGAGUUGUUUUACUUUAACAAUAUAACAAUAUACCCAACUUCAACAAAAAUCUGGGGUACAGAAGUUCAACGAUGACUAUCAGUAUUACUCUCUCAGCACCCCGACCCCGGUAAUCAAUGUUGUAAAUGUAAUGUUAAUGAUAUUGGAAAAUGAAACAAGGUCUGCAUUCCAAAUGGCACCGUGUAGUGCACUAUAUAGGGAAUAGGGUGCCAUUGGAGAUGCACACAAGGAACAUUCAGUUAAAUCUGUCUGCCCUCUAUCUGGCUGUCUCUCCAUCAAACAUUCUCACAAUCAAUUCAUUUUCCUGGUAUGGAGUCAGACCGUUGUUUGUUACAGCAACACAGUCAAAAUAUUAGCAGAGCAAAUACUGUGUGCACAUGCGUGCAUGCAUUCGGGCAUAGAGUCUGUGUGUGUGUGUAUUUAAGUUGAGCCCCUGCUGUGUUAAUAUCUGUAUCAUGCUGCGCUCUAACCUGCUGUCCUGCUGGUCUGGGUAAGAGCUCAGACACCUUCUCUGCUGGUGGCUCUAACUCACUGUCAUUACUAGCCAGGGUUAAGGGGCCUGAUACUGUAUUUGUUUUCACGUCAGAACAGAAUGAAGGGAUAGAGACGAGGAAGGCACGUUUGAGAUGCACCCUUUAAUUAGGGCCCAAACCUAACCUAAUUUACACUGAAUUCUGAAUGUGCUGCCAAAUGUGACAAAGACAAUAAGAGACAGCACAAACGAAUCCGGGACCAGGUUACUCAUGCAUAACUUAACUUCUGUGUAAAUUAUGCAUUGAUGUUGAUGGGAGAUUUUUGUGUGAUUGUACUUCCUACAUCUAAGAGAUACAAGAAGGUUGAGUUGACUAAUUAUUCGGUGUAGCAAUGCUUUUUACUAUUUCUGAUUCACAUUUACUUUGGAAAGUGAAAGACCCUGACACACACGUUUCAAAUCAAAACAGAGGAAGGAACGUAGACGAGGAGAGGAAUCUGCUUUAGACUAUUGAGAUCAUGGCUGCGGGAAAAUAUUUUGGGGUUGGGAUGCUUUUCUCCGCCCUACUGACGAGUAUUGUUCUCCGCUCAUACUGCAGUAAUAAAGGCCUAGUGCACUCAUUUGGUGGGAAAUACAAAUUAUAAUAAUACAUAAUUGCUGCAGCACCCCUACUUCCUGUGGCUAUGAUUGAGAUGCACCCUAAGGGCUUGCAUGACUCAGGUUUCCAUAGAAAUCUUUAUUUAAAGCUUGAAUGUUAAAGGGCGGUAGUUGUGUUUUUCUAGGUUCCAUAUCCAAGAGAUAGAAGGAAGUUGACUGGAGUAGAUGGAAAUGGCAGUAGCAGCAACUUGUUUAUACACACACACACACACGUUGGGCGGAUUACUUGAUAAAAUGUAAUCUGUUACUGAUUACAGUUACAUGAAAAAAUAAUCAGUUACGCAUACACACACAUACUAGACUUCCACUACUGGGAAAGAUGGAGACACAGGAAAACAGGAAUCAAAGGGAACGCAAAUAAAUGGCCGACAAAUAAAUAAUAUAAUUAGUAAUGAGAACACUAUCCUGAAGAAACCCAGAACAUUUCACCCAAAAAUUAAAACUUGAAUUCUUUAAAUGUUUUACCUCAUUAUUUUACCCAGGGAAAAUGUCAUAUUCAUCCCUACACUAACUGGAUAGUUUUGCAAAAAAGUUUUAAUGGCAACUGGCAGAAUUUUGUUCUAUGAUCAACUAAAGGAAAUCUUUUUUGAAAGCCAGGAAAAAUAUUGUUGAAAUAAUAGUUUCUCUUUACUUUUACCCCCUCUCCAUCACCCAUCUAUUUACCCUCUCACACCCUCGUUCUUCUGUUCCUUCACUCCCUCUCCUUCCUUCUCAUCCAUCAUUUCCUAAUAUUCCUCUCUCCUUCCCGCUCUCUCAUCUCUUCCCGGUGAUCCUCACUCAUCUGUCUCCCUCUCUUCAUUCCUACUAUCGUUCCUCUCCUACUCUUUAUUCUCAUCCCUCUGUUUUUCACUCUCCCUUUUAAUCAACUCCUAAAGGUUUUGAAACUUGAACUUGAAAUGCUUAAUCUCUCUCUCCCUCUCCUCCCGCCUUCCCCUUCUCCCCCCUACAGGGUGGCCUGUCAGUGGACUCCAUCUCAGAUCUUGUAGAGAGUCAGUCCCGCCUGUUGGAGGCGCUGCAGCUGUCCCACCCAGCAGAGCUGGAGCUGAAGAAGACUGCAGCAGGUGCCGGGGGGCGGACCCAGACCAAGCUGAGCCUCAACCCCAUCUAUAGACAGGUUCCCCGUGUGUUGGAGAGGUGCUGCUGCCACAUAGAGAGAUACGGUGAGACACGGCUGUCUGCUGAUGUGACUAUGUUAGCCCACUUAGCUACAGCUUAGGCAUUAGAUCAGGGAGCUAACAUAAGUCUUCAGGUCUUAAGCAAGGUUACUCAUCAUGUGAGUGUGGUUUAUUGAACCACCUCUCUGACACUUCUAAAGUGUACAAUAUAUGGGAUAGAAUAUUGAGAGAUCUUGGUGUAUCGCAAUAAUCUGAAGUACCUUUCUUUCCUUCUCCACAGGUCUACAAACUGUGGGGAUCUUUCGUAUUGGGAGCUCCAAAAAGAGAGUUCGGCAGGUGAGUAUUUUUGCUCACCACACAUAAAUGUUAAUGUCUUCAACGUUCCAAUUAGCUCUCCCACUUGUUUAGGCCUAUUUACUAGCCAGUGUAUUGAUGUACAUUUGCUCUCCAUAGUACACAAAUGUUAGCCCAACUACAGCAGAAUUGUGCUUUACCUUAACUUUAUACAGUAGUUAUUUAUGCCUACUAGGUAGUACUAGCCAGUGUGUUGAUGUUGUGGCAGAUGUACUUCUCUUCUGCUGUAUACUUUGUACCCAGGGCCGUUGAUCCCUUUCAUUUCCUGUUAAAAAGAAAUGUGUCACAUGGGAAACUGACCUUAUACUGUGUGUGGCCGGUGCAUGUGAACUUAUUUGUGUAUGUGUCUGGUUGUGAUUUAUGUGUGUGUGCGUGCUGACUCUCACAUGGGUGCUGCCUCGAACUGUGCAUCCUUGUGUGUGUGUAUCCGUUGCCACUGCCUUUUAAGUGUGUGUCUGUGUAUGUCUCUCUGCUCGUUCUAGUGUGUGUGUGUGUGUGUGUGUGUGUUCUGAUAUGGUGCUGAUGUGUGUUUGCCCCACCCAGCUGCGUGAGGACUUUGACAUAGGAACAGAUGUGUGUCUGGAUGAAGAGCACAGUGUCCAUGAUGUAGCAGCAUUACUGAAGGAGUUCCUCAGAGACAUGCCUGACCCUCUACUGCCAAGAGAGCUCUACGCUGCCUUCCUACACGCCAACCGUACGACGCGCGCACACACACACACACAUGAACCUAUACGAAACACACUAGCUGUACGAACCGUUAUCAUUUCCUACUGGUAAAUUCACAAAGUGAAUUUAUGCUCACCAAGGUCUCUUCUUGCUCCUCUCUCUCUCUCUCUCAGUUCUGCGAGGGACAGACCAGCUCCUGUACCUCCAGCAGCUGCUCUACCUGUUACCCCCAUGUAACUGUGAUACCCUGCUCCGCCUCCUCACCCUGUUACACACCGUAGAGAGCCAUGCACAGGACACCAUAGGACCACAGCAUCAGGAGGUUAGUCCCAAAUGAGGGUGGGGUGAGGGGGGGGGGGGGGGGGGGUCCGUGAGUGUCUGUCGCUUCCACAACUUAGUAUACAAGUCAUGGGACUGUAUAUCAUUCUGUCCAUAUUUUUUCUGUCAGUUUGUCCGUUUCUCUUUCUGUCUGUCUUACUCUGUCAGCAUCUGUCCGUCCUCAACACACUAGCUUCUCUCUCUCUCUCUCUGUCUCUCGAGACCCUUUCUAUAUUAUAUACUGUCUACUAACGCCUCUCUCUUUCUGUAGCUCACACUAACUAGCCUAGCCUACACAGUAGGUAGACCUAAUAUGCGGUCUCUCCCCUAACCUCUCUCUCCCUAACUCUUUCCCUGCAGUUCCCCGGCAACAAGAUGACAGCAACCAACCUGGCAGUGAUCUUUGGUCCCAACCUGCUGCAGGGGGAGAGAGGCGGAGGGGACAGGGAGAUGAGUCCCCACGCCAUGGGCAUUGUGGACAGCGCUGCCAUCAUCAACGUCACCCUGCACCUUAUACAGAACUACAGACGACUGUUCACGGUACGGUAGUUGGAGUGUGUGGUUGUGUGUGGGUGGGUUUCAGGUUUUUUAAAUGUACGGAUAGCCAGGGGCAUACUCCGACACUCAGACAUAAUUUACAAACGAAGCAUUUGUGUUUAGUGAGUCCGCCAGAUCAGAGGCAGUAGGGAUGACCUGGGAUGUUCUCUUGAUAAGUGUGUGAAAUUGACCAUUUCCCUGUCCUGCUAAGCAGUCAAAAUGUAACGAGUACUUUUGGGUGUCAGGGAAAAUGUAUGGAGUAAAAAGUACCUUAUUUCUUUAGUAAUGUAGUGGAGUAAAAGUUGUCCUAAAUAUAAAUAGUAAAGUACAGAUACCCCCAAAAUCUAUUUAAGUAGCACUUUAAAGUACUUUACACCACUGUGUGUGUUAGCGUGCGCAAGCACGUGUGUGUGGGUCACCCUCCUGUCCUCAUCUCCCUAGGUGACAGCAGAGCUCCAGCAGGAGGUGCUGAUGAGUCUCAUCCAGACAGAUCCUGAAAUCAUCGACUAUCUCCUUCGCAGGAAAAUCAGGUAGGUGUACACUUCAGGGCCCAUAUUUACAAAGAGUCUCGGCGUAGGAAUGCUGAUCUCGGAUUAGGUCCAGCCUGUCCAUAUAUUCUUAUUUACUAUGAUCUAAAAGGCUAAACUGAUUCUGGAUCAGCACUUCAGUUGUCUCUGAGUCUUAGUGUUGUGUGUUUAUUGAGCAUGUUUCAAUAGCUCUAUUUGUGGCGCUGCAAGACUUUUUGCAACGUGGAUAAUAAAAUACUCUAAUCUCUACUCCCUCUACUUGCUCUCCUCCCCCAUUUCUCUCUCCGUUCCUCUCCUUUCUUUCCCCUCCUCUCCUCUUACCCCCUCUCCCCGCUCCCACAGUGGCAGUCACCUGACGGUGGAGACGGCAGACACAGCGGGGGGUCGGCGGGACACGGGGGCAUCUCUGGACUCUGUAGGGGCGUCUAGUGGUAGCCUGUCACCCCUGGAGCCCCCCUUGCUCCUCUUCAACCCCGACGAGCCCGGGGACGGCAGGCUGACCACAGAGGUGUUCCUCAACCUCGACGUCCUCCAACGCCACCAUAACAACAAAAAACGUAAGUCAUCGAGUUUAGGUCUAGGUUGAGGAUCAGGUUUGGGUUUAGGUUUAAACAGUGUCCUGGACGUCUUCUGACACCACCACAACAGGAAACGGAAGGUACUCAUUCUUACGGGGUCCCACCUCUUUUAUUACACCCAUAGCAGGUAGACUCAACCACAACAGGAAUGUUAAGUCACACAUACAGUGUAUUCGGAAAGUAUUCAGACACCUUGACUUUUUCCACAUUUUGUUACGUUACAGCCUUAAUCUAAAACGUAUUUAAAAAAUAAUCAAUUCUCAUCAAUCUACACAGAAUACCCCAUAAUGACAAAGCAAAAACGGAAAUAUAACAUUUACAUAAGUAUUCAGACCCUUUACUCUGUACUUUGUUGAAGCACCUUUGGCAGCGAUUACAGCCUUGAUUCUUCUUGGGUAUGACGCUACAAGCUUGGCACACCUGUAUUUGGGGAGUUUCUCCCAUUGUUCUCUGCAUAUCCUUUCAAGCUCUGUCAGGUUGGAUGGGGAGCGUCGCCGCACAGCUAUUUUCAAGUCUCUCAAGAGAUGUUAGAUCGGGUUCAAGUCUGGGCUCUGGCUGGGCCACUCAAGGACAUUCAGAGACAUGUCCCAAAGCCACUCCUGCGUUGUCUUGGCUGUGUGCUUAAGGUCGUUGUCUUGUUGGAAGGUGAACCUUCGCCCCAGUCUGAGGUCCUGAGCGCUCUGUAGCAGGUUUUCAUCAAGGAUCUCUUUGUACUUUGUUCCGUUCAUCUUUCCCUCGAUCCUGACUAGUCUCCCAGUUCCUGCCGCUGAAAAACAUCCCCACAGCAUGAUGCUGCCACCACCAUGCUUCAACAUAGGGAUGGUGCCAUGUUUCCUCCAGACGUGACGCUUGGCAUUCAGGUGAAAGAGUUCAAUCUUGAUUUCAUCAGACCAGAUAAUCUUCUUUCUCAUGAUCUGAGAGUCCUUUAGGUGCCUUUUGUCAAACUCCAAGUGGGCUGUCAUUUGCCUUUUACUGAGGAGUGGCUUCUGUCUGGCCACUCUACCAUAAAGGCCUGAUUGGUGGAGUGCUGCAGAGAUGGUUGUCCUUCUGGAAGGGUCUACUGUCUCCACAGUGGAACUCUGGAGCUUUGUCAGAGUGACCAUCGGGUUCUUGGUCACCUCCCUGACCAAGGCCUUUCUCCCCCAAUUGCUCAGUUUGGCCGGGCGACCAGCUCUCGGAAGAGUCUUGGUGGUUCCAAGCUUCUUCCAUUUAAGAAUGAUGGAGGCCACUGUGUUCUUGGGGACCUUCAAUGCUGCAGAAAUGUUUUGGUACCCUUCCCCAGAUCUGUGCCUUGACACAAUCCUGUCUCGGAGCUCUACGGACAAUUCCUUCGACCUCAUAGCUUGGUUUUUGCUCUGACAUGCACUGUCAACUGUGGGACCUUAUAUAGACAGGUGUGUGCCUUUCCAAAUCAUGUCCAAUUAAUUGAAUUUACCACAGGUGGACUCCAAUCAAGUUGUAGAAACAUCUCAAGGAUGAUCAAUGGAAACAGGAUGCACCUGAGCUCAAUUUCGAGUCUCAUAGCAAAGGGCCUGAAUACUUAUGUAAAUAAGGUAUUUUUGUUUUUUAUUUGGAAUACAUUUGCAAAAAUUUCAAAAAUACCUGUUUUUGCUUUGUCAUUAUGGGGUAUUGUUUGUAUAUUGAUGAGGGAAAAAAAUAUUUUAUCAAUUUUAGAAUAAGGCUGUAACGUAAUGUCUGAAUAAUUUCCGAAUGCACUGUACAUGACGAGAUCCUGAGGCCUAUUGUCGUGCCAUGCAUCCGACGCCAUCACCUCAUGUUUCAGCAUGAUAAUGCACAGCCCCAUGUCGCAACAAUCUGUACACAAUUCCUGGAAGCUGAAAAUGUCCCAGUUCUUCCAUGGCCUGCAUACUCACCAGACAUGUCACCCAUUGAGCAUGUUUGGGAUGCUCUGGAUCUACAUGUAUGACAGCGUGUUCCAGUUCCGGCCAAUAUCUAGCAACUUUGCGCAGCCAUUGAAGAGGAGUGGGACAACAUUCCACAGGCCACAAUCAAUAGCCUGAUCAAGUCUCACGCUGCUUGAGGCAAAUGGUGGUCACACCAGAUACUGACUGGUUUUCUGAUCCACGCCCCUACUUUUUUAUUUUUUGGUAUCUGUGACCAACAGAUGCAUGUCUGUAUUCCCAGUCGUGAAAUCCAUAGAUUAACAUCUAAUUAAUUUCUUUCAAUUGACUGAUUUGCUUAUAUGAACUUUAACUCAGUAAAGUCUUUGAAAUUGUUGCAUGUUGCAUUUAUAUUUUUGUUCAGUGUACUUAGCGGGACGUGAGUUAUCGAUAUUUAUGGGGUCACUACACCUUUAUUAGCUCUAUUGUUAUGCAACAUCCAGCUAGGGUUAAAGUUAGGGUUAGGGGUGAGCCGAGGUGUGGACGUGCUAUGGUUAGGAUUAGGGUUGAGCCGCAGUGUAGACAUGAAUCUAGGGUUGAGCCGGGGUGUGGACAUGAAGCCAGUGUGGCGUUCCGCGGACAAGCCACAAGGGGGAGACUCGUCGAGGCCUGGUGACAGACUCGUCGAGGCCUACAUCACGCGGAGGUGGCUCCCUCUGCUGGACGUGCCAGGUCUCGACGGCCAGGACUAAUUGGGGCUGAUUGAGGCUGGUGAGUAAUCAAGGGGCUGAUUACUCACCAGCCAUAUGGGGCCCAUAAAGCUGCAAGGAGGGCAGCACAUGGGAGGGUUGGAGGUAAUGAGAGGUUGCUUCCAGACAGACGUCCUCACGGUCUGAUAGAACCGAGGGGCUUGGUUAUCUACCCCAGAGGAGACAGCAUUCCCCGGAGCCCAGAAGGCGGUAACCCGGAAGAGGUCUCCAGGAGGAGACUGGUUUAUUUUCUUUUUCUUUAUUGUUUUAAAUAAACACCUUGAAACUGAGGUAUCACACUUGUGUCUGAUCUGUGUAAAUGUCUUGAUCAAACCCUCAGGUCUGCCACACUAGGGUUAGGGUUAAGGCACCACAGGCUGAAAUUAAAUUUUUGCAUCUACCUAUCGAUUUUGAGAUUUGUUGGUAUUUUGGUCCAUUUUGUAUUUUCAAAAUAUAUAUUAAAAAAAUGGAUGCAAAUGUAUAUUUUCGUUAGUUUAUCAUACUACUGUCAUCACCAUUUUUAUGAAUUUUAACCACUUUAAAAUGGACACAUCAAUAAUGUAAAAGCCCAUUUCAUAGAGAACAUUACAAACUGGACUAAAUUUAGUAACUUAGAAGAGAUGGUGAUUGGGUCUAAAUAGGGGUUUGUCAUUUGGUAGUCUAAUUUCAGUGUACUUGUCUUUGACUUUUGGGAAAUGGCAGUUAGACUUCCCACAUUUUUUCCUCUUCAGAGGCAUCUGCAUUCACCACAUUUUGUGUGGUUAUGCUUAGAUAUAUUCUCCAGACUUCCCCAGGGGGAAUUGUUGAUAUGUUGUAAAUGUUUUAUUCUAGAUAACAUUUUCUUAGGGGGAAAAUGUGCCAAAAAUACAUUUUACGUAAGUUUUUAGAUUUUAAAAGUAUUUAUCCACAAGUCACUCUGGACAAAUCUGGUCCUGGAGUGUCUUAACAAAAUUAAACCAAAAUAUUUAGGCUGACUUCAUCCAGUGCCCAGAAAAAUAGAUCUGCAUGAUGCGCAAAUAUGGGCAUAUUUACUGACCAUCGCCUAAUUUGCAUAUUUUAAUAAAAUAUUUCUGGAAAAUGUUAAUACAAAAAAGUAUUAUAUUUGUGUACAUUCAACUGUUAAAAGUUGAUUGUGAUAUGAUUAAGAUUUUUAAAAAUAUAUAUUUUAGGGUUGGGUGCCUGGCCUAAAUACUGAUCUUAUUAUUCUGUUAAGAGCUUGAUAACAUUGUAACAACAAAGUAGCAUUGUAAUAACACCUCUCCCUCACCAGGUUCCAGCGAGAUCCCGUCUAAAUCCAUUGGUCAGAUGAGACAGUUCCACUCCCACCACAACCUACUGAGUCUGGCCCAGCCCUCCAGUAGCUCCAGAGUCCACCCAGAGCACAGCGAAGGUCUGAGCUUCACCCUGGGGGCUGCCUCAUGCUCCAGCCUGGGAGGACAGGGGGAAAACAGUAUCUGGGUGAGGCAGACACCCCAGGAGGAGAAAGAGAAACCCUCUCCUAGUCAUACGAGUCAUUUUUGGGACUUCUUCACAGGCAAGGGCUCAGGGUCUGAGACUAUGGUAUGAUAGGUUCGAACACUGGUGGGUGG